GGUGACGUCACAAAUGUUUUUCUCCGACGCAAAAUUGAAACACGACACGAUAACUCGACACAACCGCUGCUCUGGGCCUCAGGGCUUUUAUAGAGUGUGAUCAUCUCAUGAUGAAACGUUCUAGAGUCCUCCAUCAGGCAAAAUACAUUUCCAUAUGGGUCGCUUUUUUGUAAACACGCGCGGAACUGGGAAGUUGACUCUGUUACCGAUUGUAACAAACUCACGGUAGGUACUUUGAAAAAGUAAUUGUUUACUUGAGAUAAACAUUUGAGCAAGCCAUGUCGUUAUCUCAACAAUCCGAUCUCUGUAAAUGAAAUAGAUGGGGACAAACUAAGAAAUGCCCAAAGUUCCGAGGCUUGUUCCCUUCUAACCAGUAAUAGACCUCAAUUUGUGUAAACAACACAUAAUUUGCAUUAACAUAUUAUUGUAGGCUUUUUUGUUAAAACUUAAUUCCUUCGCAAAACCCGACCAAUUGAUGCUCGUUCUCUUUGUUAGCUGACUAUUUUGACUCAAAUGUGCUCAAGAUUCGAAUUCUAUAGGCUGGUCAUCUUCUAGGUGGAUUUAAUUCCACAAAAAUCUCACACAUGUCGCAACUCGAGUGAAUAACACCAAACAUGUUCCCUGAGACAAAAGUUCAUCUUCGAUUGCGUGAUCAACUAAAAACAUAUUGCACUUUUUAAUGUCAUUUAGUCAAAAAAACUCAGUUUAGAAGACAAAAUAAGCCACAUAAUAUUGAUAUAAAACAAAUUAAAUAAGCAGUACGGUUGUCAAAAAACGCGGUAUUGAGGUCAGCCGCGAACUUUAAGUUUAUCUGAUAAAAAUUGCCAAAGUAGCUGAUAGUAAGAAAAAAAAAGAAAGAUUGAUGCUUGCGAGUUAGCACUUGUUUUCAUCCAGGAUCCAAAUAAAAAUGAACAUGAAUCGGUUAGGAGCUGAUAUAAAUAUUCUUUAAGUCAACCAAAUUUAUCUCUUGGCAGACGGGCAACACUAAUUUGGUGAGCCUUGAAAAAAAAAACUUUUAACUUCCACAUUACAGUAAAUAAUUACACAUAUGAUAAUAGGUGUACAUAAAAAACCAUUUGCAUAAAUGCUCUGUGUUAACCCCAUUUUAAAUCAAUCAUUGCUGCACACAGGGACGCUUGCUGUUUCAAAGCUCGGAGCAGAAACUCUCCAACGACUGUUCCUCAUAGCGACGGAAGAGCCAGAUAUUCUAGAACAGCCUCGACUGAUCGAACGGGUAACUUAGCAGCGCUAGCGGACAUUUUUGGCUGAAAAACGAGCGUUUUUGCUCUUUUGGAUAUUUUUGACACCUCACAUUCGUCUGUAGUCAGGUUGGAAAGAAGCGCGGAAAAGGUGAGCUGGGUUUGUUAUUGUUUUUUCUCCAAAAAAUUAAAGGCCGCAAAACUGUUUUCUUUAACAACAGUUGCCCAUGACAAGUCUGACCAAAAUAUUUAUAUAAUUUUUGAAAACGUUGAAAUAGCUAUUGUAGCAAUGUGCGUCAGCAUCAGUAGCAACUGCAAAAAAUGUUUAUUCUGCAAAAUUCGUCCGCAGUCUUAGAGAGGGCCAUACGAGGGCUAUAAAGUCACCUUGUAUAGAUAGAACUUAGCGUGAAAACUGUUGUCUUAAUGCUAACGGUGCAAAAUGGCGAGCUGUAAGAAAUUUCAUUUAGGAAUUAAGUGUUUCCUCUGCAUCGGUUAAACUUAAAUGCUCAUGACAUAUUGUAUUAGCACUGACGACUUAAGUUCUGGUUGAGAGAGGCUUUGCUCGUUUUUUCAUCGCGGUCAUUACACAAGCGGAUGAGCUCUGUAAUGCAACUCCCAAGGAAGAAGACCAAGUUUCUGUCCAAACAAACUCUACACAGCUCAGAAUUGCUGAUACUUGGCUCUCAUUUGGCAAAAAUGUCAACAUCCCACGUCAAAACUAAUCGAUAAGCUAAUACCAGACAGACCUUUAAAAAAUGCCGCUGUGUAAAUUCCACGAACCAUUAAAAUAUGAACUAGAAUCAUUCAGCACCAUUUGGUGGAAUUGCAUUUCGGAUCGUUAAGAAAAUUGACUACUUUCGACGCUUUCCUUCAAAGCCUGACUCAUUACACAUUGAGUUAACAAAGCCGAUUGAAGAUAUCACAAGGACCGAUUUAUUUUGAUAAACCAAGUUUGUCGAAGCGCUUCCGUCCGGGCGCUGUUAUUUGUUAAAAAUUAUCGCAUUCGUGCCAUGUUAUAACAAAGUCCAUUUACAUCGCCUAGAGAAAUUUAAGCGAGUUUUGUUGAUUAAAAUUUUGAGUGGACGGAAAACAUCUACUGAAUUAUUUAAUGUGGUUUCCUUUUUUUUCAACAGAUGGUCCGAGACUGUAAAAUUGCUUUGAUUUGAUUUUAUCUUUUAUUAUAUCUAUAUAUAUUUUUUUAGUGGAAAACAACGCUAAUUUCAUUUUAAAUGGCACGAAAAAAAUUAAGAAUAGAUAUUCUUCCUUUUUUGAGAAAGAACUUUUGAGUUCAAAAAUGAAAAAGUCGUCACCGUUUUAAGCCAUAUCAAGUGAAACCCUGAGUGAAACUUUGCAACUAAUUAUAAAUUAGCAUAAAACAGGGAAAACUAUGUCCUUCAAAAGCGUUUCAAGACUUUUGUUUCUAAAUAUAUCCGAUACAAAGAUUUGACUAGAAAUAUAUAAGCUCGUUGAAAGCACAAUUUGUCAUCAAAAUAUUUCAUUUUCAUCGUAAAAACGGCAAGCAGCUAAAGAAUUGUUGCAGUUCAUAGUAUUGAUUUUUUGACCAAAAUCCAAAAGUUUAAAGGAAAUGAACUCUUCAAUUUUCUGAGGAGUAAUUUAGAAAAUUUUUCAAUCUUUUUUUGGAAAAGAACUCGAGUGGGCCACAUACAAGUUAAAAAUCUUGAACUAGCAAUUAACAAUGAUCAUCGUUCUUAAGUCUCAAAAUCGAUGACGUUUUUUAAAAGUGUGCUUAUUAAGUGUGUAAAUAAGAGUACGUGAUAAAGCGUGGGUCCUUUCUUACUGCAUAUCCUUGACCCUGGAAAUUCCUCACCAAGCUUAUCAGAACAAACAACGCGUUAAAAGAAAGGCUCUCUCAUUAUUGAAAAUGUUGACUCAAUUUUUUUGUGGUGCAGUUUAUAAUGCUGUACAAGAUGGUUAUAAUUUCUUUAAUCUGUGCAGGGCCAUAGCUAGGCUUUUUAUAACAAGGGGGGGGGCAUUAUGGCGAGUGCCGAAGGUACAAACCUCGUAUUGGGAUCUGGUUGUAUCCUCCCCUAGAAAAUUUUCAAUUUGGAGGCUUCGAAACGCUAUUUUCAGCACUUGUCAUGAGAUAUGUCGACCACUAUAAUCAAAAUAAGUGAGUCUAAAGAAAACAAAUCCAUCCACAGACUUGAUGUGUCUAUCCCAACAGGUCCAAGGGGGGCAGCUGCCCCCCUUACCCCUCCGCUAGCUACGGCUCUGCUAUGGAUGAAAUCAUAAAGUGUUACCAUUCAAAUGAAAACCAAUGAGCAGUACUUUUCUGUUUUACUGUUUAUCAUGCUGUAAAAGGCGCUCUACCGUCUUUAAUCUGUGGAUGAAAUCCUAAGGUGUUAGGACCAUUCAAAUGAAAGCUACUGAGCAGUACUUUCCUGUGGUAAUGUUUAUCAUUGAUUAACAGUACCACAGGAAAGUACUGCUCAGUAGCUUUCAUUUGAGCACUGUACAAGGUGGUUCUAUCUUUUUGUUUGUGGAUUACAUUCUAAAGUGUUACCAUUCAGAUGAAGGCUACUGAGCAGAACAACUUUCCUGUGGUAUUUUGUGUUAUGCGUAACUGAGGUUACGUUGACGUUUGAGUCCGUAUAUAGACUCUAAACCUGUCACUGUUGAGAGCCGGGUCGCUGCGUGUUGCAAUCAAUAGCUGAGUUUUGCGUGCUACCAAGAUUGCUGAUAAUGUGGGCAUGACCAUUCGUUAUCUCAAGAUGUUAGUGAAAAACGUAAGGCAGUGCAGAGAUACUGUAUAGCCAAUAGCUCGCUUUUACCGUCCAAGUUGUUCUUGCCAAGGUCACAAGUCAGUUACGUAAGUUCAGUUUUAGUUUUCAUUACUUGUGCGUAUUAUACUUUUUCAACUAACAAAGUUAACGAUCUUCUAAACGAGUCUAAAUUACAAUUCAUAGAUGUGCAGAACCAUUAUUUCACUCAAAUUUUCAAACGAAAAAAAAUAAGACUGUCAUAGCAGUGAAUUUCUUAACCCUUGAGGAUCCUUGAGUUGAGCAGAUUGUAUAUAAAAGAGGCAUUGACGGUAGAAUAACAAGUGGAUUUUUGUCGCUUUUUCACUUUAAUGCUAUCGCAACUAUUUAACCUUGUCAAACCCCGUUUAUACGGACAUUGAGGGGUCCAUAGAAAGUGUCCGUAUUAACGGUACGGGGUGUCCGUAUUAAGCGGGUUGAAUUUAGAGGAAAUGUAAGGGCUUUCUUCAUUACGAACAGUUCGCGCGCUUUGUCCCCGGGGAACGAGGUAUUCCGUAUUAAGCGGGGCACUGUCCGGACACAGUAAUUUUCAUGGAGUUAUAAUAACUCCUCUAGUGGGGUUAAUUUAACUCCUUACAGUGGAGUUAUUUUAACUCCGAAAAGGAGUUUAAAGAACUCUUUUUCAGGAGUAAAAGUGACCCCAGAUAUCGAGGAGUUAAAAUAACCCCUAAAAAAGGAGUUAUCCUGUACCUAAAAUUUUUACUCCACUUUCAGCGUUAAAUUAACUUUAAAAAGAGUAGAAACAACCCGUGUAAGGAGUAAAAAUAACCACAUUUCGGAGUUCAGUAUUUUAACUUCAGACUGUGAGUAAAAAGAACUAUUUUUCAGGAGUAAAGUUGACCCCAAAUUCGAAGUUAAAUUAGGAGUUAAAGUAACCCCCAAAAAGAGGUUAUCCUGUACCUAAAAUGUUUCCUCCAUUUUUGGAGUUAUAAUAACUCCCUAAAAAUUACGGUGUAAAACGGGAUUUGACUGUAUUAAAAGUAAAUGGCAGCAUGCUAAGUACUCCAUGUAUGAUAACCUUGCUAGAACAAGACUCGAUAGUUAGAACUUUGAAUUAUCUCCAUACUUGACAUUGAAAGAAGAGGGUUAACUACUUGAGUAUUCCUCACAGAAAAAAGUAUGCGACAAAUUCGACACUGUUUUUUGAUUCCAAUUACACUUCCUACACUCCACUCGGGGUCUUUGAAUUCCAAUUUACAGCUGUUGGCUUUUUAUAUCGGUGCUGCACGGUGAGUACUUGAGAUGAUUAGUCUAAAUUCGCCAGCCGUACUUUUCCAAGGAAUCAAUUUUAGACUACUGAAAUAAUACGUACUUCCGGUUCUAGUGCUUGGACGAAAUCACAGAGUGUUAUGCUUUAAAUAGUACUUCUUGUUGGUACUUUCAAAGUAGUGUAAAUUGCCUUCAGAUAUUCGCGACAUGAAUUGAGAUUUUGCGUUGUUGUUGAAUUCGAUUCGAUCACUGCCCUAUCACAGGAAUUUGGGUUUAAACUUACCAGAUCCAUUGGACGUAUUAUAUGGUUUCUUGAUGUGCUCAAUUUGUGCUGCAGCCAAACUUGGACAGAAUUUCGUAAUGGCUCAGAGAAUGGGCAUAUAACUUACGAUCUAGUCGUUAACUCAACCUUUUCGUAUCGUCAUCAAAAGCAGUUUUCGUCACAGGAUAUGAGAGAAGUGACUGACUUGAUUCACGGGCUCCGUUCCUCGAAAGUCUUGGGAGCUUUUAGGGACAAGAGCUAUCUGAAAGGUCACAUCUCAUAAAUCAUCAGCACCUUCCAUUAUUCCGAAACCCGAAAUGUUAACGGGACUCCUUCCAUCCAAAAACAGGCCAAGAUACAAUACCGCUGUCGAUAUGACCACGGCAAUCCGUACUCAGGGUUCGGUUUUUAUUUAACUAGACAUGCACACCAGAAAGUGUAUACUGGGCUGCCAUAAAACCUAGACUAGAUAGAAAUUAUGUAUUGUAUGAAAACGAGAAGUUUACCACAACAGAAAGCUGACAGCGUAUGAAAGAAAGAAGUAACCGUGCUAAACCGGCAUUCCCGUGCCGGACACCACCCCAACACACAGGUAUCAUUCAAACUAAGCUACAAUCUUGGACAAAAUAAAUGGAAAACCUAGACUCCCCCUCCUCCCCAAAUCAAGGAUGGGAAAAUGGCGCGUUUUUGCCCUUCGCGCGCCUUCAUCCUUGAUUUGGGGGCGAUUUUUUUUUAUUUUGUCUGCUUCGACAAAAUAAAUGGAAAACUAAUUUUUGCGACCAGGUGUUAUGGGAAAAUGGCAAUUUAAGAGUGUCGUGUGCCUUCAUCCUUGAUUUGGCGUGAUUUUAUUCCUUUUUUUUUUUGUCCAAGAUUAAUACUUUCCGUCUUUUGUCAGAUUUUUUGACUGAUUGCGGGGCGGAAAAUUUUUUUUUUCUGUUUCAAUUAAAACUAAGAACAUAAACCAGGUGUUAGGAACUUGUUUAAGACGUACUGAUCGGAUUGAAAACUGGCAGAUUUUAGAUUCAAGAAACUUUGUUAUUUCGUUUCCCUCGUUUGUCGAUUUUACUUGUUCUGUGAGGAUUAAAAAAAUUCGACCCUGUUUUUGGUUAAAAACAACAUAUCCUGAAACCGGCCGUACAGCAUUCACGAACUUGGUUUUUCUGCUGUGAAUUAUCGGAUUAAAAACUAAAAGUACCCGGCAUUGAUUCAAGUUCUUGUUAAGUUCGUGCAAUCAGGCUGUAAUGGAAAUACAGAUUUUCAAACAGUACUACGCGGUAUGCGUACACUAUGUAAAACCAGUUCAUUGUAUACCGUUUUGUUUCUGAAUUGAGGGGCGAGUUGUAAUUGAACAGACACGAUUUCGUUUUUUGUUUUUGUGUGUAGUAAAUUUUAGACAGAGUAUAUUUAAUACUCUGGAGUAAAUUUUUGCGGGAAAAAUGUUUUCGUUUAAUAAUUUUUUGCGGGAACUUAUUUUUGCGGAUCGCUGAGGGAAAAAUCGUAAACAUCGUAAAAAUUAGAACCCGCAAAAAAUUCGUGCCACACGGUAUCUCUAGUUUAUCUGAACUUGUUUUAUUUUGUUGACAGCUUGUCUCUAUAUUUGAGGAAAACUUUAAGAAAAAAAUCGUCCCCUUCGAAGGAGAAAAGCUUCAGCGCAUUGGAAAUUUUCUUUAUCGCGUGCAAUACCAUUGAGCUGUAGUUAAAGCGGCCACACAAGGUUAAAUUGUCUAAACUAAAACAAACUGGUUCGACAUGGACAGAGUUUUUAAGCAAAGAAAACGUUUCUUUUUUAGUUUGUUAUCAGCAGUAUUUUUGUAAGGUCUGAUUUUAUAGUACACUGCGAACCGACCGGAUGAAAAUGAACUUUUGAACUUUUUUGAAGGGACGUCUGUACACAGGCUAGCGUGUGCAUAAGAUAAGAGUGUUCAUUCCGGAGGUCAUAUAUGGCGCCAAGAAUGGGCUCCUGAUGGCGCUUUUUAUCCCGGGGGCCCGGGGGGGGUACUUUAGAAAUUUCUGGGUGGGGAUGUGCCGCUGGUACCCUGGAACCCUUAACCUAUACUAGAGCUAGUUCAGCUGAAUUUUGCCACCCUAUACUAGAGUAAACUCCCCAAAUCCCCCCUAUCCUAGAGUAGCUGUUUUCCAUAAACUACUGAGGUCACUAGCAUAGUCUAGCCAAAACAAGCUGAGUUGUGUAAAUUUCAAAUUUCAAAUUUGAUUUUUUUAUAUGUUUGAGUGGCAAUUCCCCGUUUCCCUACUCCAGAUAAAAUCUUCAACCAACUGAUCAGUUUCCUGAAAAAUGAUACCCUAUUCUAGACCCAAACACUCUGAUUUAUAUACCCUAUCCCAGAGUAAACUGCUUGAAAACCAUACCCUUCACAGCGGCACAUACCUAUAUAGCCCAUAUAUGGCAGUACCCCCCCCCCCGGGCCCGGGGGGCAGUCCACAUAAUGACCUACAUGGGGAGGCUCUGCGCCAAAGGGGUACCUUUUUUAGGCUUCAGGUAUAAAAACGGGUAGAGAUUUCACUAGCUGAAGUAUAUGAAAGGGUAUGAAAAUGCGUCAUUUCGGUCAGUAGUGAAGGCCCAAAAGGACGUAGGCUCACGAUCACGUUGUUUAUCUUUCCUAGCAAAAAAACAUUCUUUGCAUAGCAAAAUCUUGUAUCUUCUUUAACUUUUAUUGUUACCUCGGAAUCGUUGUAAACAUGUCCGGUCAAUUGAUUUGUUUUAUACAUUAAUAACAACAGCCUCUGUAUAAACAUCUACAUACGGCACUAGAGGAUUGAUCACUAAAUACGCGAUUACAAUAAUUGCAUAAAUGAUGAUAGAAACAAAGCAAGAUAAAAUCAAUGAAAUCAAAACAAAAAUUAAAUGUAAAAGCAAGGAUAUUGUUACCUAACAGCUGGCUAUUGAGGUACUGAAUUCUUCCUUAAAUUUCACUGAUCCAGUUGCUCGUAAUGUUUACGUACCGAACAGUUUGAGUUGAACAGUUAAUUCGGGUGAUUCUUUUAGCCCCUUUAACUCAGUAGGUAGCUCACUUACUGUACAAGGUUUCCUCUGAUAAAAGAUACACUCGGAAGAGUUCGCUUGUAAAUGGGUCUCUCGCAUAGUAUAGUUCAUGAAAUAUACCACUUCCAAAAUGUACUCUUGCCAUCUUUUACUGUGGGCUUAUCAUGAUCAGGUUUACAUUCGUAUGUUUUCAUUCGUAUGCUUCCACCGACGAUAGAUUGCUAAUAGCUUUGUGUUGCUUCGAGCUCCUCGGAAUGUACUUUGCUAAAGUCCCUGACCUAUUCUACAUAUACUCUUAUAUCUUGCGCACGCGCUGAACACGCCAGAGUGCGAUUUGUGCCAGAAGGAAAAACCGAGCCCAUUUUAUAACUGGGCUGUGCCACAGGUAGCCCAGUAAUAAGUUCGUUGCGCUGGGCGGUACACAACAAAUUUUGAUAUGUGGAGGCUCCGCCCCGAGGUUCAACCCCUUACCCUUUUAUAUACCAUUUUUUACGAAAAAGGUACCCUUUUCAUCUACUUUCUAUUGACAAAUGGUACCCUUUCACAUACCUUGAUUAGAACUUUGCAUCCCUUUUAACUGCUGUAAAUGCACUGUCGUUUAAAUCAGAAAUAGGAAUCAAUCACAAAAAUAGAACGUUUUCUCGACUUUAUAAAGCCAUAAAAUUUAUCUGUUAGCCCUUUGGGCCCUUUCACAGACCUAAACUGACAGAUUUCCCUACCCUUUCGUAUACUUCAGCGAGUAAAAUCCCUACCCUUUCUUAUACCUGAGGCCUGAAAAAGAUACCCCUUUCCGGUGGAGCCUUCCUGUAUAGGCCAUUAUUAAGAGAUCCUCCCAGGGUUUGUUGUUGUUGUUGUUUGUUUUUUUGUAUAUUUUUAUUGAUAUAUUUUUUUCACAAUCGUUUCAGAUGACGUCACAACUAACGAAAUCCACUUCACCAUCUGAAAAUGGUAGACUUGGCUUUCCUAUGAGUGAUUCUACCGUAGCGUUUUUGCCAGGAAAAUUUGGCAAAGAAAAAUCUACAUCAGGAACCUGGUGUUCUAACCCCAAACUUGUUUUGGCCAUUGUGACCGUUAUUAUUCUUCUGUUAGCAUUGGUUAUUGUUCUUAUAAUUUUGUUGACUUUAAACAAAACAAAAGGUACUGUUGAGACAAAUGGCCAGCAGUCAUCUAGUUGUACCCUUUCAUACGAAGCAAAACGCAUUGGCUUGGGCUCAUUUCUUAACGAGCUUGAAUGGAGAUACUACGAGUUGAUGCCGGAAAAAAUCGGUUUUAAGACCGAUGUCACAACAGACGAAGUUCGGAAACAUUACAGACCUUACGAUCCUCACCCUAACGCCAUCAAGAACUUCACCGACCAGGUCCGAAAGCUUUACGACAGGCUGGAGGUAAUAGUCGGGAAGGCGAAUGGGUCGUUAUUAACUAUGCGCGAAAACAAGGGAAUGUAUUUAGCGCAGUUCUUGUUGAGGAAUUCUUUCGACUGGGGUCCUUACCAACGUGAUUAUUAUGCUGGUGACUGGAUGUUUGAGCCGAAUUUAUACUGCUGGCAACCGAUAUGUGACAUUCUAACAAACUUAGAGAAAGUGAUUUUAAGGUUUCAGCCGAAAAAUCUCGCUGAAAUGGAAGCGAUUGAAGAACUUCUGAAAAAGCAUAAUGAUACUAUUUCACAGUAUAUUGAGAAUCUGAAAUUGGGCGUGGCCACUGGUAUGGUUCGAUCCGUGAGAUCUUGUAAGGCCGGCAUCAUCGCUCUAAAGAGAAGGUAUUACGAUGUGGCAGUCAACAAUGCUUCAGGUAAGUGUGGGAGGCAAGUUUAAUCUCACUAGCUCCUUUAACUAUUACUCACUCCGAGUUUCAAUAAGAAACACACGAAUGUGACGUCAAUAUUUCCAACUACGUUUGAGUCUGUGGAUCGAUCGGAGUAAUCUAGUUCGAUCAUUCCCAUCCAUUGAAAGCUAUUAAUCAGAUGUAUUUUUGCUUAUUUAAUAAUUAUUAUUCCUCGAGCCCGAAUGGGAUCUGAGUCAAUAGAGUGUUUUCACAUGACGUCACGGCGGCCAUAUUGGUGUCCCAAGACAAUGAAACGGCGGCCAUGUUGGUGUCCCAAAAAAUCCUCGGGACAAAAACAACUUUUCUUAUUAAACGCUUUCUUUUAAUCCAAUUUUGCAUAGAUGCUGGCCAAAAGAGUGAAAACACUCUUUGAGGCCUGACGAAGGGCCAUGAGGGCAAGCCUAAUACCAAUUAAUGUAUGAGGCUGAGUAGGAUCAGAAGAAUUAAGCAUCGAGGAGGGUGUUAUCCACCAGUAGAUAAUUUUACAUCCUCCGAAUGCUUUAUUCUUCAUAUCCUAUCUAAUCGUUAAUUGUUUAUUAUUCAUUCAAAAUAAUUCCUAGUUUAAAAACAUAGCUAAAACAUGCUUACCUGUUAAGUUUAUCUUCGAUAGUGUACGUGUAAGUUUGUCCAGCUCCGCAAAUAUUCUCCAAAUAGCAGAUGUCGCCCUCCGAGUUGUCUUCUUGCUGUUUUUGCUAUGUUUUUAGCCAUUAGUUCGCCUAGUUCCAGCUGUAGUUUUUACUCUUGAAACGAGUGAAGUGUUUUCACAGCAAAAACAACUCAACCUCGUCCCAGGUCUUUUCGGUUAACGGUGCAUUGACCUGCAGAAGGCUGCAUUUUUGACGUAAUUUCCUCGUUAAACACAGAAUUCAUCCAAAUUUAGUAAUCAGUAACUGGUUAUGGUGAAUUAUGCAUGUCAGAAUUGGGGAAAUAUUUUGAAUGAAUAAUAAUUGUUUUUAAUUAGUAAAAUCCAACUAGUUGGUCAAAAAUAUCGAGACAAAACAACUUUAGCUAGUUAAAGCUAGACUUUAAUCCUUUUUUGCUGCCAAAAGUCGGCGCUUAUCACUACUAGUGAGCUAUAACAUAUAGCCUAGUAGUAGCUCAGCCAAUCAGAAAGUUACCGAGCAGUACUUUCCUGUGGUGCUGACGCUGUACAAGGUAGUUUUAACUUUGGAGUUUGUCGAUGAAGUACUUAUUAUUAUUAUUAUUAUUAUUAUUAUUAUUAUUAUUAUUAUUAUUAUUAUUAUUAUUAUUAUUAUUAUUAUUAAGCGUAACCUUUCAAAUGAAGGUUAUAUUACUGAGCAUUACACUCUCCUGUUAUGAUAUGUCUAUAGUCCUCCGUACAGUUAAGGUGGUUCUACUAACGUCCUUUUAGUCAAUAGAUGAAACCUGCAUGAACUGUCAUAAUUUUAUGGGUCUCUCAAUAUUUCGCGAAGUAUAAUUUGGAUUAAUAUUUAAAAUAAAAAAAAGAGAGACUUAAGCAGACUUGGCAAAAUAACUCUUUUUACAGCAGCGUGGCUAUUAAAUAGUACGGUAGCAUAUUUGGGUUCGUCAUAGACAAUGGAAUCGAAAUUGUAAUCCGUUCAUAAAUGAUGGUAUCCUUUCUUUAUUCUUAGGUAUUCUCGACGAGGGAGUAGCCAUAUCAAUUCUUGCUGACAGCUUCACUGCCAAAAUUACCCAGGACAUGAACAGCACGUGGUACAAGAGACGAGAAGAGAGCGUACGCACCUCCCUCAAAAGAUUUUUAUUGCUUUAUCUGGGGGAACCGCUGCACAGACUUUUGAGGUUCGUGAGCGCUUUGAUAAUCAGACAUUACGAUUAUCAAAAAAACCUGAUCUUGACGAAAUAAAGAUUCCGCUGUUGGGACAUUGUACAGUCAAACCCCGCUUAACGUACACUCGCUUAAUUAGGACAGUUUGCUUUGUCCCUGAGAACAUUUUCUCUAAUUUCAAUCCGCUUGAUACGACCUGUCUCGUACCCAGACGUCUCUCUCUCUUGAUGAAAAUGUGCGCGCAAAAAAAGGCGGGAAGAAGACAACUGUACCCUUUCCAUGGUCCCUUGCGGUUCAUCACCAGUCAAUCAAGUUUCGCGCUCGAUUCUACCAUGCGAAAAACGAAGCGCCUGAGUAGGAAGCUGGGGUUUGACUGUAUAACAGAAAAAAUUUCUUCAACACCGAAAAUUUCUUGAAAGUUACGCAGGGCUAUCGGGCCCAUCCGGAUCCCUUCAUCUUAGACAUUUGUUGUUAUUCGCAGCCUUGUUUUGGUGAGGAGGCAAAAUGUCGCGCCAUGUAAGGGAAGCCAUGAUCCUGGGCUUUGGAAAUCCCGAGUACAGCUAAAGGAAUCCAGAAUCCUACUAAGGGUGGAACUCAGAAUCCAGAAAGACUUUAAUCUAAUACCUGUAAUCCGGAAUCCACGAUUUGGAAUCUAAAAUCCAAGACUGUCUUGGAUUCCCCCACAUGGAGCGAAAAAUGGUCCUAUAAAUCGGGGGCAGAUGGUAGCCCUGAUCACGGCCGAGUAUGAAUGUUUAUGGCCUCUUGUAUCUUGCGUGGACGAAAGCAGGUGGUUUUCCAGGCCAAUAAUAACCAUCUCUAUCCUCUAUGUUUCUGAGUAAUCGUGCCGAAGCAAAUACCCCGAUGCUUCACAUUUUCACUAAAAUCGUCUAGCAUGGCUAAAAUUCCAGCAUCGGGUGUGGGUAAAGAAUUCCGUUUCAACUCAAAUUGUUGCCUAGUAUCUACUUUGUCUUGGUUUCUACGUCAGUGCUUGCGAAAAUUCCCAAAACUGACAACUGUAAUUUUUCAACGACUAACACCCGUGCACCAAAAGCCUUAUUAAACCAAGGCACAAGCUUGGUUCGACAAACCAGGCUUGCCAGGCUUGUGUAAAGAAUGUGCAAAAGCCUGGUUAACCAGGGUAUUUCUGGUAAAUAUUAGUAAGCUUGGUUAUUAAUUCUAACAACCAGGAAACGGACAUCAUUUAACCAGGCUCUAAAUGUACAAAAUGAACAAGGCUCACCAGGCUCAUAACCCGAGUUAUUUAAUGCAGUAAUAACUUCUCCGUCUGUGUCUCGUUACAGAUACCUUGAAACGGAACAUCUGAAUUACUGUUAUGAAGAAGCAGACGGGAUGGCAAAAUUACCGCUGAAGUCUGUUUACAUUAACGGCUUCCCAGAUCGUACCCGCGCAACGAGUGGGAAAUUGCCAAAUGGUGACGUGAUAAAUGCCACUGAGUCUUAUACCAAACUGUUGUCUUUCUUUACAAGUGGAGUUAUAUCACCUGAGGAACUUCGACAAAUGGGCAACAAAAAACUGAACGAUCUACUCAAGCAGGUUAGAGAAACACACUUUGGAGGGUGGCUCUGGCCACGUACUGGGUUCUCGGUUGUCCCGGUAGUUCAAAUCCUCGGCCACGCUUGUAUAUAGCCAACCAAUUGCCUACUAAUUGCCAGUUGAGGUUUUUAAUCCUUUUAUUAUACCUGAAUUAUUGCGGGCGACAAGAGAAGCCCGCAAUCGUAAUCUCCAGGUUGAAAUUUUGCAUGCGUCACAUGUAUGUAGCCUGCGAAGAGAGGAGGGGUGUGACGUCACGUUACCAUGGUAGCAAAAAUGUUUGGAUCUCAACGAUAGGGAGCUUAAGUAACAACGACGGCUGCAGCAAUGAGAAGGGGAAAAAAAAAACAAUAGGUUUAGCUUAGCAAAACAAUAUCUUUGCUCGUGGAUCUUAGCCGUCGUUGCACGACCUUCUACAUGAAACUUCCUAGACUCAUGCCCUCGGUUUGUAAAGUAGGUGAACAAAGCAAAACAUUAUCUUUUUCUUUUUCAAAACUUAGAUACCGUCGUUUCGAAUUCAACGCCAGAAAAUUUCGCCAACAUUUGACAAAUUAUAUGAAAUUGAAUAAGAUCGAAUGGAUAAGGUUUGAAACAGCGGUGAAUUCAUGUUUUCGGUUUGUUGUCAUCCAGAAAUUUUGCUACCAUGGCAACGUGACGUAACAACUUCUCUUCUAUAUUCUUUUGGACUUCCACUAAGAAUGAAUGGAAUGCACAGAAAGCAAUUUGACCACUCGCGAACUACCCUUUUUUGAUGAUUUUCAAAAUCAUUAUGAAAUCAUUUUGUACUCUUCUAAAUUAAACUUUGCCUGUUGAAGAAAAAAACAUCUCUUGUGACUCUAACCAGCAUUUAAGGAGCCUUCCCCCCCAUUUCCCAAACGGGUUACAACAUUUGGGAGAUAAAACAAAUUUGAUAACUUUGCAAUCUUCGAUUUCAGUUUCGUGUCUUAUUCCAAGUGUGUUGUAGAAUUUUACAGAUAUCCUAUAAGUAGACCUCGAUACACCCGAAAGGGGGUCAGAGACUGUGGUGGGAGAAAUUGAAAAUGGAAGGUUAGCAAAAGGGAGUUAAGUAAGAUAUGGAUUUAAGGUAGCCAAGGACGGUUUAUCUCUAUUAAUUUCUUCUCGUCUGGAAUAAGUUUACCCCUGCUUUUCUUUAGUGAUUGAAGACAUCCUUUCAUCAAGAGAUCUAAAAGCCAAAAGUCAAAUCAAGCUAUGUCUAAAUCUCUAAAGACAACUAGUUAACAUCACUCUGUUGAGAAUGUGGCUGCAAUUAAAGCUUCCACUUACAUUCGACUGUUUGAUGGGUAAGUACUUAUUUUUCCCUUUUGUGUACCACAGGCAAAGGAAAUUGCUCGGCAGUACACUGGAAUACAAGAAGAUAACACUGCAGUUGUAAAAUUCAAACAAGCUCUAACCUCACGUGACAUGUUCUUUAACGAUGGACCGUUUCCGGUAAAUGAAUCGGGUGAGGACGCUUACAUGAAGUGCUAUGACACACUAGGAGCGUUGAACCACUGCCCUGAACGAUGGAAAGCGUUGGAGAGAUGGGUUAACUCGACGAAGGAAGUAAGAUGAACUUGAUGCUCUAAAAGAGAAAGAGCUUGUAUUGUUUUAGCUUUAGGUGUAAUUUGAAUCUCAGCAUUUUUGUUAUACUUUCCUCCACGUUCUUGUCACAAUUAUUAGUUUGUUAAUAUUCUGUCGCACCUUUCUGGCUAGCUUUCUUUAUAAGUUCAGCGCUUUUCCAUCUUGUAUUUCACAUUUGAUAAUGGUCUUGAAAUAAGAACCGAAAUAUUACGUUUAUUUAUUUUGUGCCAAUUCUUGCUUACACUUAUAUUUUAAGUUAGCAAGAUUUGUUUCGGAGAUGUUUUUGUAUUGUUAUAUUUAAUAUUCUGUCACACCUUUCUGGCUAGCUCUCUUUUUAAGUUCAGCGCUUUUCCAUCUUGUAUUUCACGUUUGAUAAUGGUCUUGUAAUGAGAACCGAAAUAUUACGUUUAUUUAUUUUGCGUCAAUUCUUGCUUAUACUUAUAUUUUACGUUAGCAAGAUGUUUUUCGGAGUUGUUUUUGUAUUCUGUACUGAUGAUUAAUUCUAUUGCUCUUCUUUUGUUUCUUCUCUUUUUUCCACUUGCCGUCAUACUGACUUUCCCUUCAACACUCUUAAGCUCAAAAUCUCUCACUUUUCAUUUUAUAACGAAUUACCGGAAGUGCGUUUAGAAUUUCGACAAUAGCCUUUUUAACAGGCCAAUCAUGACACGUAUCCGGAAAUGCUGGGUUUUAUCAGGAGCCCAUCUCCUGGUUUUAUAAAUUGAUUAUUAACUAUAUCUCGAUAUAACGUACAUUUCGGUAUUUUUCCUUGAAAAUUCUUUUAAAUGGAGUUGUUCGAUAUAACAAACCCUCAAUACAACGAACAAAUUUCCCUUGGCUAGUUCCUUGGCACAAUCGAGGUUCAAUCGAGGUUCCACUGUAGAAGAACGGGAGAUAUUUUAAUGGUGGACAGUCAAAUGCAUUGAUCAGUCAAACUAAUGCCUGGUGUCAUCUUUACCCAGGUUGCAAAGCUUCUAAAACCUAAAAUCAAAUCACUAUUCUACGACACUGGACCUAAAAAGACAACGCCCAAAUGUGGCAUCUCCGUUAAAGGAGAAUACAACCCGGAUGUUUGUUUCCAUGGUUACGAGGUGAAUUUUGGUUGCGUAACAUCCGCGUAUCAGACAUUGCCAUUCUUUAUGAACAGUCAUGGACCAAAGUACACGCAAUAUACCACAGUAUCUCAUGAACAGUUACCAGGCCACCAUCUGGAGGUAAGUGCGGGUAAUUUCAAAAAUUCGCGUUGAUUUCUUGAAACGUUAAUUUCCGCGCCCUUAAGUAAGUGAAGAGUUAAUUUCCGUGACCUUAAGUUCCAUUAUUUUGGAUACUCAUCUGACAUUCUUAACACCUAAGGGACCGGACAUUAUUUAUCGCCUGGAGUGGGAAGGGGGGGGGGGGGAGACCAAAAGGGGGGAUCAGUCAUAACUGAGAACCCAAAAGGGGGGAUCGCUGAAAACUUCGGAAGGAUUCAGACCAAAUAAUCCGCCGUUCUCCCCCCGCCCCUCUCAGGCGAUAAAUAAUGACCGGUCCCUAACAAAGAGGAGUAUUUUAUCAGGGUGUAGAUCCGCUACGAACAGUGAAACUGCGAGUAACCCUCAAAGUCGCCAGAUUUCUUUGCUUAACCCCCUUCAUAAGGUUAGGGAAGGUACCCUAAUUUAUACCUUAAUUUCAUAUGGUAAUGUAAGCUGAUCUGACUUGAAAUCUGGAAAAUUACAGGUCCAAGGCUUCUCAGAGAAUUUUGGUGAUUCCUGCCGCGAUGCUAUUUCGUGGAUCUCUGAUGAAAACUACCUGCCUUCAUUCACAGAAGGCUGGGCAACGUACGUUGAAUAUCCACUAAUGGUUGAAGACACAGAUGCUUAUUCCAACACGCAGGAUAAACAAGUGUUAUUACAAAAAUAUGGCAUGUUGAAAUAUCAGGUGCGACACGUACGGUUUUUGUUAAAAAUUAUGUUUACUUAUUCACUAGGGUCGGGUUAUUCAAUACUGGGAUAAGAUAACCUGAAGGGUUAGUGCGAAUUUGAAUUCAUAAAAGUCUUAAAAGAAAAGUCGGUUUAAUUCUUUUUGUCUAUGACUUGAUGAUAAGAUGAGAAAAUGCUUUUGAACGAAAGCAAACAGAAAACCAGAUUAAAAUUUAAUCCUAGCUAUUUGUCGUUGUUAUUGUUCUUGUUAAUAGGCCAUUCGCACGCACACUGGCGUCAUUUUACUACUACUGCCAGAAUCCUUUUCGUUUUAUCUUUCAUGAUUAACUUUGGUUAUCCCAGCGAGGUUCAAACAACAAAAGAAAGCAAACCCUGAAGGAUUCUGGUCGUACUUAAACUGACGUCAUCGUCCAAAUGGCCUAUUGAAUUUAUACUAUCUACCUUUCUGGUGGAGAGAAGCGACGACUGGAAAUACGUCUGCGUUCGCAGGUUAAAUUAAUUUAUAACAUUGCAUUAAAACUCUUAUUCAUGAAUUUUCACCAUAGAUUCUCGCGGCGUUGCGUUCUGUCUUAGACACUGGUUUGAAUUACUUCGGUAUGACACGUCAUGAGGCAAUGAUGCUUUAUGAUGAAUAUGCUUGGGACAACAGUGACCUGGCCAUCAAAGACAUCACGCGGUACCAAAGCUCCCCUGGGACUGUAGUGAGCUAUAUGAUUGGACAAGAGACAUUCGCAAGGUUAAGAAAACAAGCUGAAAAAGAACUGGGAUCGGACUUCUCACUGAAAGAGUUUCACUACCAAGUAUUGCGCCAAGGAGAACUGCCCCUCAAGUACCUGGAGAUUCACAUUACGAGGUUUAUAGCAUGCAAGAAAGACUCUUCACGCCCAGGAUGCGAGGAAAUAUUAUCAUAGUGUUCGCUUUUUUCAGUUUUUGUCGACUUCGUAGACGUUCACUGGUGGCUGCGAAAACUAAAGCAUUCAAGCCCUGAAAGGAACUUUAAACGAUAAUAUCUGCGGUUUCAUUCCCUGAUUCAAAAUAAACAACAAACUAACAUACUGUGCUUACUAAACCAAAAGGUUAUUCAUUUCUUUUUGCAUAAGAAUAAAUGGUCAUUUUGGACUCUGCUGAAUUAAGACAACUUUUUUGCAUAAAAAAAUUGGUGGUAAAAAGAAGCAUUGAUGCAAAAAGGGAGCCAACAGAGAAGAAGAGAAUCUUCAGUCCAGGCCAUUCUGAAUAGCAUGGUAAAUUGAGUGACAACUCAGUACCAGAACCUACCAGACGGUCGCCUCAGUGCAAGGGAAUCCGGAAUUCGGAAUGCGAGAUAUAUUUUCGCUGAUGGAAUCCAAAAUCCUAGGCUUUGGGAUCCAGGAAUACAAGUACAGCUCAAAAAGAAAUCUAAAAUAUCACUUCAGUCUGGAAUAAAGAAUCCAAGUUUCAAUGACGAAGACUGGAAUCCGGCACCUGGAAUCCGGAGUACACGACGUGGAAUGUAGAAUCCAAGACUGUCCUGGAUUCCCUUGCAUGCCGCGGUCUCGUCUAGUUUAAAAUUACUGCCCAGUCGUAAAGACUGGCACCUUGUACACCUUGUACCAAUAACAUUAUAACCGGAACUUCAGGACACUACUACUCAGCAGAUUUGAAUUCAUUGAAAUGGUUACAAUUCAGAAUAUCUUCAAUAGACUCCAAAGACUCGAAGAACUACUUACCUAUCCACAAUAACGUCUGUAAUUCUUACCAUCUCUAUUUCAAUGGCUCAAUUGUUUGUAUAUAGCUACUAUUCAACUUAAGACGACCAAACCGCUUGUACUGGUUAAAAGACAAAGAUAAAAGAAAUAGUUUGACUCUCCCCGUUAUAAGAAAUUAAAAACGGCACCGAUAUGAGACUCUAAAACCAGCGGCUUUAGCUAGUAUUCAAAUAACCGGUCAUUCCGCAAAGAGUUCAGCGAGCUCAUAGAGAAAAGUAUAGAUUGAGGUUUAAAAGAAAUUCCUACAUUCAUUUGUGUGACUUUCCCUUUGCUACAACACAAACGCGACAACCCGGGUAUGUCUGCAACUUUAAAUUAACUUUGCAUGGUUCCUGUAAAAAGAUGUGGUACUGUAUCAAAAAAGAAUUACCGUUGUAUGAGUAAACUAUCUGGUUAAAUCAAGACUUGGUAAUAAAUACCGCUGCUCUGUAUGCUUAUGCGAAUUUUGAUCUCUCAACAUUGAAACUUUAAUAUUUAGCAGAAUAUAUAUCUGAGAAAUCAUUUUCUUCAUUAUUUAGCAUGCUGUAUUUGAAUUUCACCAGUUAGCUACCGCAAAAUUCCGAAAAUAAGCCCCUUCACAUAACAGCCCCUCUAAAUAUAAGCUCCCCAAACUCGUAACGCAAAAAUCCUUCCGUUAAAUCUCCCCUCCAAAUGUAAGGGAGCUUGUACUUGGAAAUUGCCCUCAAAUACAAAGUCAAACGAAGAAAACGGUAAAUGUCCUUCCAAGAAUAGCACUGACCCAAUCGAUUUUGAAACGCAAAUUUCCCUCCGUCAAAUAAGCCCCUCAAAAAGGGCCUUUGAAAAAUAUAAACCCCGUGGCUUAUUUUCGGAAUUUGGGAGUAGUCUAUUAAAGUUAUAACUAAUUAAAAAUUCUUAUCAUUCCUAUUAUGUAAAUAGACGGCAAAUUUGUGAAUAAUAUAGUACUUAAGAUUUAAGGUCAGAACCACCUCUUAAACCAGAAAAACCAGAAUAAAAGUAAUGUUCUGCUCAGUAGCUUUCAUUCGAAUGGUCACACUUCAGAGUUUCAUCCACGGACUCAAAAGUUAGAACAAGCUUGUACAGCACAAUAAACAGUACCACAGGAAAGUACUGAAAAAUAGCUUUUCUUUGAAUGUUUACAAUUCAGGAUUUCAGCCACGGACUCUUAAGCUAGAACUAUACGUUGCACAGCAAAAUACAAAGCACCACAGGCCUGGAAAGUAUUGUUCGUAACUUUCUUCUCAGGAUACUGUUUCAUGACAGUUACAGACUCAAACGUUAGAACCACCUUGUACAGCAUUUAACAAACACUACCAGCGAAAAGUACUUCUCAGAAGCUUUCACCUGAACAGCUGAAUACUUAAUUAUUAAUACACAAAAAUCAACCACCCCGCUCCAGAAAUAGAACUGCUCGGUACCUUAUAUGUGACUUUUCCAACCGGCAAUCCAACCGAUAUUUUGAAUUUCAAUCAUUAUGCACUCAAAAAUAAAGAGAGGCGAGAAUGUUUUGAAAUUAAAACGCCUUCAGGUAUGAUUCAAAGUUAUUAAAUUCAAAUGCGUAGACAAACUGCAUAACCCUUUUAUGGACUCUUUUAUCCUAACUCAACCUAGCAUGCAAACCCGGCCCAGAUGCAUGAGUGUAAAUAAAUUUGCAUCUGUGCUCAUUAAUUGAGUUAGUGUUCUGCAGCGACACAUAUCUACUUAAGAACAGCUUAAUUGUACGUCUUCAUCGAAGAUCACGAACAACUAUAUUUGAUACUUUGACUGAAAGACGAGAAGUUCCCCUAAGCGGAUUUGAGUGAGGAUCAGUUAACUAGAGACGUAAUUACUACAAGACUCAAGGAGAGGGCUAAAGAGGUAAACAAAGCAUUCCGUUAUAUUUACAUUAACUUGAGGGUGAACGAUGAAACGCAAUGUCCCCGGAAAACAUUUUCGUAAAUAAAGCAGACAAACUUCUUUCAUAUAUGUCUCGAACGGUAACGAACAAUCGUUUAACUUUUCCAUCGAUUCUUUUUCGUAGUGUUUUUUUUCUUUAAUGAAGAAAGGCUUGUUCUUUAACAAAUCAGACGUUAUUGUUCUUAGUUUAGUUAAUGGUAUUUUUCACACCAUGUCUAGCAGAUUAUAAUGAAACCCAGCUUUACGAACACCCGCUUAAUAUGGACACUUCUAGUCAUUAUUUCGGGCAGUUUGCUUUGUCCCGCUAAAUACGGUCAUCACGUUAAUAUGGACACUUUUUAUGGUGGCCACUUCAGGGUCCGUAUUGCCGGGUUUGACUGUAGCAGCAAGAUUGUUUUGAUCACCUGUUUGAUUCACUUUGAUCAGUUUUAAGCGCUGAUAGAUGCAAAUCGUGCUUAUCAUCGAGUCGUAAUCCAUUGGUGGUGAUAUAAGCUCAGAUUGAAAGUCGUGCUCCGAGCCUUUCCGCUCAGUUUCAUCUGCUUACAUAACAUCAACAGAAAUCUGGAUAUAUUUUGCAUAUCCUUCUAAUAUAAAGCUAAGGGAACACAGAAAUAAUGAAUUGAUGUAUUGUUCCGCAAGCCUGCAAACGUCAAAAACUGUUCUCAAGACUUUUUUCAGGCAAAAAGAGGCUUAAACAGUAUUUUAGUUAACCACUUUAUAGUUGCUGACUCAUUGUUUGCAAACAGCUCUAAACUUGUUCCCCAUGCAGUGCAUAGUCGCAUGAGCAGGCAAUUAUGACAUAUCCAUAUGUAGCACCAACAAGUCUGUAGUAUACGUCCGUCUAGAAAGAAACUACGUUAAGAACGAUAUUUUCCUUCUACCAACUCACCCACAAUGGCGUUUACGAAGUGAAUAUUUCUUUUGGUUGAGUAGUUACGUGAGUGACGAUACAAGGGCUACGAGAUCGAGUAAGACUGCCGCAGCGGCCGCAAGCACAAAUUUGAAUUUUCGAGCUAGUGAUCUCCCCAAACCUUUCAUGUUCUAUCUCGUGCUUUUAGUUCAGUCUAGCGAUACCUAUAUUGUUCUCGAGUGGACGAAAAUCCCUCGGAAUCGUAUGGGCAAAGUCUUUGCAACCUUUCAUAACUAAGAAAGUAAAAGCAGGAAACUUUAGACUGUCUUGAUGGCCAUUAAGGUGGCUCGCACCACUAAUCACCUAUUUGACGGCAUUCCUUUAAAAGGACAGAUUAAAAACGCAGACUGAAAGCCACAGCAGAGCCUUUGUAGAGUUGGUCUAUACAAUGAAUGCUUGACUAAAGUUUUCUUUCGUCAAUAGUAGUUACCGUGGCAACGUAUCUUGAGGAUUAUUUAAGCCUUCCCUUCAGCUUCCAGCGCUGAUACCUCGAGAAUCAAGGCGGAGAUGCUUUUUUGUAGCAUAGCUUUAGGCAUUUGAAAAGAAAAGUGUACAUUGAUUUUUUUAAAAUCCUACGCAACGGAUUUCUUUCUUUCUUUUUGAAGUUAAAAACCGUUAAAAAGGGUGAAAACUGGUGAAAGCAACCUUAAAAGGCUUAAGACUCCUAAAAAGCUGAUGAGGCUGUGUUAAGGAAGUCGGAGCACAUGACAGAAGCUCAGUUUCUGUAGCAUGUCAUUACCUGACCCAGAAUUAUCUCAGUCUACUCCGCCCUGGAUGGGAUGUCAAACAUCACAGGAUUAACCUCACAAUCAUGUUAUCUGCAGGCCAGUAGAUCUGGUAAAAUACGUAACCGUUGUCCGAAAAUGCGAACGUUUGGCUUUUGAAUAGGGUCGCGCGUCUCCGGAAACUCUCGAUAUUAAGGCUCCAUUUCAACACCCGAUUAGUUCUAAUCGUGGGUAACUGUAAACAUACCAUACUAAUCCUGGAUUUGCGACAAUCGGCAUUCAAAAAAACUCGACUUUUGCCUAACAUUUAUUUUUUCACCGCCAGAGUUCUGAACGUUUUCCGUAAAACGGUGGAAAUUAAUUAAAAACGGUGUGGCUGAUUUGGAUCCCCACCUGUGCGGUACCUAAUUACACAACCGCGUAAAAAGACAAGCUGGCUGGAGCGCAUUCUUGUCUAUCAGAUUAAAAGCAAAGUAAAGUUUUGGCCUCGCCUAAAAUAGUCUUUCAAAUGGCUCCUGAUGCGGAAUGCAAUGCUCAUUCAUUCAUUUACCCAUUCAUGUUUAUUUGCCAUAUCACACAUCAUUACUGCUAACAAUGAAAGUGUAUUAUAAAGAAAGUUAAAGGAAGCAGAUGGAGAGGAAACCUGAAAGAUACAUACCACGGGGCUGAUAGAUAAUCAGGUUUCCUCAGAACUAAAAAUACGCGAGUCUAAUAUGAUAAUAUAGACCAGCAAAAGUGGUACAAGCUUUUACAAAAAUUAAAGUAACUAAAGCUGAAAGCAAUAUUAAGUUAAUACCUAUUGAGAUGCUUUUUCUAUGAAAAGGUCAAGUUAUCUUAGCAUUCAGAGAAUUGUAAAACUAUAGACCUUGAAAAUAGACGGAAAACUGCCUGGUAUUGGUUCUGCAUAGCAGUAAACGAAACGAUUGAGCACAUCUUGUGUUUUCACGAGAAGCUGUCAUUUGUAUAAAUCUGGCAAGGCCACUUUAUUGAGGCUCAAACGAUAAGUUUUGUUUCAUUUUACUUCACUCACAGAUUUCCGAAAACUUUCCUAGUGAAAAUGUACGAGAACGCUUACGAGAACAGAAGUGCAUCAACCAUUGGAAUAGUUCCUCAGUCUGGCCCGAGAAAGCUCGAAAAAUCUCGCCGAUGGCUCGUCAACCUAUUGAUCAUCGGUGCUCCCAUACUGCUAUGCGCGAUUUUACUGCUCAUCCUUUUUCUAGUCCCAGGCCCUGAACGAAAGACACAGCUGGCUCCGACCCGCUGCAUUCUUUCUCUAGAGGCGAAUUCAUCGCAAUUCUCCGCAAUGUUACAGAAAAUCGAAACAACGUUUUUCCACGUUCUUCAUCCAAGGUUUAUCUAUGCAAGGCCAGGAGUGACUCCAGAAGAAAUUCGGUCGGUUUUUCGUCCUUGGGAUCCAAGCCCGAGCAAAAUGAAGUCGAGAACUGAUGAGGCCAACAAAUUGCUUGAAGAAUUAAACGCCCUUAAGAUCAACAUCACGCUUUUGAAGCUGAGAGAAAGAAAAGCCCUCCAUGUGGCCAAGUCCAUUCUGUUAAAUAAUCAGGGAUGGGCACCAUAUGGUGCUAACUAUUACGCCGGCGAUUGGAUGUUGGGCCCCAACUUUUUUUGCUGGGAAAUCAUAUGUACAGUACUCUUUGACCUCAACGUUGUCAUUUCUCACUUUAAGCCCAAGAAUAUCAGCGAUCUGCGCAAGUUAGAGGACAUCAUCAAGCAGCAUAACGAAACCUUUGAGAGGUAUAUUGCGAAUUUAAAGCUUGGCGUGAGGGCUGGGUUUGUCCGAUCCAAAGAAGCUUGCGAGGGUGGCAUCCACAAUAUGCAUUAUACGUUUUACAGAAAUAUUGCCCUUGGCAACGAAACAGGUGAGAAUAAUUUUCCGCCGUUUGCAUUCUGCUCUUUUCCUUACAAUCGUAGCAUGGCAAAGGAGCAGCGCUUUAUAGCUUUUCAAAAAGACAGCAAAAAGCGUGAUAUAACUCCUUAAAAGAAAAUGAAAGAAAGAAGGGAAGUGGGGGAGGGAGGGAGGGGGGGGGGAGGCGCCAUGGAAGUGCUGCGUCCAGGGGCGCCACGAGUCAAAGGAGACUUAUUCAUUCUGGCUUAGAGUUUUAAUGUUGCUUGUUCGAGCCAUUAUGUUUGCGGUCUAGUGGCUGAUAAACGUUGGUCCUGUUAGCUUUACCUCGUUAAUUCAGGAAAGGUCUUUAGAAACUUACAGUUCUCAAAAAAGUAUUUUUUUCGCAAUCAACAUUUUUCAGAAACAACUGGCUUUUUUCAGAAGUUUGUGAACAGUAACAAAUUAAUUCGUAAAUUAAUGCCUCCACCUCGUUAGGAAACAAAUUAAUGAUGCUCUCAUAAGGGCAACGAGGCAAGCGUUGAUGCGAUUCAGGUAAGAUAUGUCACAGGGGCGGAUCUAGGGGGAGGGUGCAGGGGGUGCGCCCCCCCCCCCCUGAGAUGACCUGCGGUUUUCUAAUACAACUGGUAUUCUGCAAAAAAAAGACUGUGGUUUAUUGGUGUUGAAGUAGAGCAAGAGACGAGUGCACCCCCUCCUAAAAAAAAUCCUGGAUCCGCCCCUGUGUUAUGUUUCUUCAAUGUAAAAUUCGAUUUCUUUUCUUAAGGUGUCUAUAAAGAGGGUUUCGCAGCGACAAUAGGCACGUCAGGAUUCUUCGAUCAACUGUCCAAGGAAGAUAACGAGACUUGGAAGGACGAGAAAGGCCAGGAUGUACUGAAAUACUUCAACACUUCACUUCUCACAUACAUCGGCAAACCGGCCUUGAAAAUGCUAAGGUUUGGAUAACUGCCUUUAGCUAGUGUAUGUAAACACUUUAGACUGAUAUUUUUUCCUUAUUAUAGGAUAUAUAAUUUUCGGGCAGGUGUUAUGCUGUUGUUUUUUAAAUGAUGGGUAUCUUGAUUGUCAUUGCAAGAUAGUCAUUGCAAGUGCUGGGCGCAAGUUCUAAAGUUAUGUCAAAAUAAAUAUGUUGGAGUAUUUUAAAUACGCUUCAAAUUUAGCUCGAAAGACAUUAAAAAGACAGAACAGCCUCUUUUCUAGAGGCUGAAAACAUUAAUUAUCCAUUAAAUAUCACAUCGUGUAGCACAUCAUUUUUUUUUCCGGCUUGUUAGUUUGCGUGUAAUUCUAUUCUAGGGUCACAAAUUUCAAAAACACUUGAGUAGCUUUCACCUUCCUGCCCCCGGGUUGUUCAAAUCAUGGAAUAAGCGCUAUCCAGUGGAUAAAUCAUUAUCCAGAGGGUGCGUAAUCCAUUGGAUAGAGAUUUAUCCACUGACGCAAUCAAUCCAUUUUCUGAAAAAGUAAUGAGAAAUUCCAGUCUGGGGGUAAGAAAAAGCGGCAAAACACUUCUUUGAUAUCAUGACAAAAACAUGCUCGUAACUGUACUCCAACAGAUAUGUGGAGGGAGAACAUAAAAGUCACUGCCCCACCCCGGAUCUGAGUGCAGGUCUUCAAAAGAUGCCUCUACCCUAUGUCUACAGCGAACAGAUUGCAGCGUGGAAUACAACCGUACCUACUACCCCGAGACUGCCAAGUGGUGAGGAACUUGUGGGAAGUAAAAGUUAUGAAAAACUCAUGAGGUUUUUUACUACGUUUGAUAUCUUACCGGAAAAACUGAAAGAGAAAGCUUUGGAACGUCUUUAUGACCUUAACAACCAGGUAUGAUUAAAAUUGUUAGUUUUAAAUUUGUCGCUGUGCACUGAUUCCGUGCAAGCUUUUCAGGGUGCUGGAAUUGCACAUUAAGUCUUGAGUUAUCUGUAUACGUCGUUUUUAUAUCACUUGCACGAAAUCUGGAUAUCUGAACGGUAAAGGGAUAACUAAGAUAAAUAUUUACCAAAUGUCAGUGAACAGCAAUUUUCGCGGGUUUUGAUUGGCUCACGUAACUCGGAAUAUCCUUGGCAAUUCACUGUUUUGCGACCGAAGCCAAGAUGGCGUCUCGUUUCCAGACAUUUCCGGAAGACGAAAUUUGAGCGGUAAAGGAAGCGGUCGUACAAACAAAUACAAAGAAAGAGACGAACUUUGUCUUGUCCCGGGGGGCGGGUACUUUAGGACUUUUUGGGUGGGGAUGUGCCACUGGGACCCUGGAACCCUUAGCCUACACCAGAGUUAGUUCAAGUGAAUUUUGCUACCCUAUACUAGACCAAGAGAGCUCUUGACUAGACUAAACUCCCCAAAUUCCCCCCCCCCAUCCUAGGGUACAUGUUUUCCAGAAACAACUGAGGUCACUAGCACAGACCAGCCAAAACAAAACCAAUUUGAUUUUUUGAUAUUCUUGAGUGGCAAUUCCUGGUUUCCAUGGUCUAGACUAAAAGCUUCAGCCAGUUGAUCAGUUUGAAUGAAAAAUGAUACCCUCUUCUUGACCCAAACUCCAAACUGUCUGAUUUAUAUCCUACCCUAUUCCACAGUAAACUACUUGAAAACCACACCCUUCACAGCGGCACAUACCUUAUUUUCAUUCUCAAAUUGCCACAAAAUCGUAAGAAUGCACUUGACAAAACCCCCGAAAUGUUUGUCUAAAUUGUAAGCAAAGUUCCUACUAUUAAAGUGACGUUUUUCAAUUUACAAAAAGUUACUUUUUAUCCAAAUGAUUUGGAAAUGCUAAACCCGGGGGGGGUAUUCCCUUAUAUAAGCGAUGGAGGUAUGUAUCGCCCCAAAGGGUAUGUUUUUUGCGUCUUUUGGUCUGAAAACGGGUAUAGAUUUUGCCCAUUUUGGCCCGGACUCGGGUAUGGUUUUCGAGGGAACUACAGGUGUGUAUGAACGUAUUUAUCUUUUCAAUUCCAAAUGAGUAAGAAAGAAAGAGAAGUAUGCGAAUUCGAAAUGGAUUUGAAGAAUUUUUUUGUCUCUGCCCUAAUCUAAGUAAUGAUGACAAAAUUUCUGCCUAAAAGCCAGGGGCCCGUUUCUCGAAAGUCCCGAUAAUUAAAGGGCCCGGUAAGCCGUUGCCGUUUACAUUAAAGAUCGAGGUUUCAAUAGUUUUGCAUCUAAGACGAUAAAACUAUCAGUUAACGAAACAAAAUUGAUUAGUUUGCUAGAGAGGAACCUCGCUCUUACUCUUCAUAUUUCAAUUUGAAUAUUUGAUUUCGGGCCCGAAAAGUUACCGGGACUUUCGAGAAACGGGCCCCAGGUCUGAGAGGUUGCGACAAUGCAACAUCGACCCAGGGGAUGUUUUGUGUCCAGCGGUUUUAGUGAAAACAAGGGUUUAUAGGAGUUUCUCAGUCUCGUAGGCUCACAAAACCUCCCUUAGAUCGAUCUUAUUUUGUAUUUCCAGCUCUUAAAAGGGUAUGGAUUUUAGAGGUCUGGUCUGAAAACGGGUGCGGAAAAAGACACUUUUUGGUCUGAAAUAGGGUCAGGAUUAGGGGAACCGGGCGGCACACCCCCGCCAAGAAUUCCCAGGAGUACCCCCCUGGAUGCUAAACCUACAGUAUCCCCCUCCUGGUCGGUGUACAGUGCUAGAUAUAAUAUACCCCUACCCUUCGCGCCUCGUUAUUUACCCGCCACUAUUCACUUCCCCUUCAGGGGAUAGUUGUGUACUAGUAAAACAGGUUCACUUUCAAUAGGCACUGAAAAUUAUGAGCCUUUCCUCAGAGACCCCAGCCCAAAAUGCCAGUCCAAAACACACCUAAAAGUUCUGCGAGAAAGCUAGAAGUCCAAACUUUGUUGAAAUAUUUAAACCUGAUCGGGUCUUGUCAUCCCUUAAAAUUUUCGCGAAGAAAAAAUGAGACUAAACAAAAUCAGUAUAAACACUGAAUACAAUCAGUGAUGUAGGUAUUAAUUUCAAGCAAACUGAUUGGUUCGAUGUCUCGGGUUAAGCGGGCAAUAACAUAUUAAGCUUCUUUGCUGUUUUGGCUCUGUUACUGUCAGCACCUCCGUCGAGAGCGUCAGAGGCUCUACAAUUUUGCCUCAGGUAAGAUUCAGACUUUUGACACCGACUUCAAAGUUUCCAUGAUGACAAGACUGAUUGCAGAAACUAUGAUUUGGUAUGUUUGAAAAAUCUGAAAAGAUCUAAACUUUGCGCAUGUAUUGUUUCAUUACAGCUACGUGCGCUUUUUAUUUUUUAUCAAGCAUGACUUUCCAGGCAUCAAUCAUUUUUAAUGGCAGGCUGGUUUCCUAUGCGCUCGGUCAUUUUUAAGAAGGCCUCGGAACUCGUUUAGGCAUUUUCCUAAAGGUACUGUUUGGCUGAAUACAUUACUUAGUCUUACAACACUUACUGAUCAUGGGAUAAAUAAAGGUGGAAUUCGCCACUUAAGAUUGACAAGAAAGGAAUUGUGCGAAGGUGAUCAUCGCAAAGACUUUUGGGAUAGUUACUGAGGCAAAAGGAAAAACUUGACCAAUAGCUGACCCGCGUGUUCCCAGUAACAAUCCCAUAAACAAUUUCGCACCGCAUUUGGCUCCAGUCCCCUUCGUUGUUCUAAAGUGGUGAAUUAUUCCCUCGCUUACUUUUUUACAGAAUCUUUUUAUUUUGUUUUGCAGACUAUGGAGCUAGUUAGAGAAUACACUGGCAAGAAUGAUGACAAUGAAGCUCGGGAUUUAUUCCGUACUGAAAUUGAAUCUGUGGGGAAUUAUUUCAACGAAAAAAGUUUCCCAAGUAAUGAAUCUGAGAACAACGCUUUCAUAAAAUGCAUUGACGACGAGAGUGCUAAAGCUUAUUGCCCGAAGCGAUGGGAGGCCAUGCAAACUUGGAUAAAUAACGUCAGAGAGGCAAGUGACAAAUAAUUUAAGAGGAAUAUUUUAUGAAAUAUCUAGCUAGAUCUUUUAAUCUUUAACCUCAUAAACUCCAAACUCUGGUUAACCGAAAGUCGAGACCCCUUGCGAAACGUGCACAAAGACACAAAUUAAACACACUCCCGACAUCAAAUACUUUUAAUGGAAAUUCCUUCACAACCGUUGUAAAUUUUAUUCUUAGCAAAAUAUCGUUGCUUUCUAUCUCCGUAAUCAUGAACCUAAUUAAACAUAUGGGUUUGAGAGGAAUGAAAUCAUAUUGCAUGUACGUCUGUUGUUUAGUUUUUCCUUCAUCUUUUGGUAGAUUUGGUAUUUUCGCGGCAACUGGACAAACUAUAUAAAGAAUAACUCUCAAUUUAAUGGCUGAAAGAAAACUGUAGUUAGUCGUUAACAAAAUAAUGAUAUAAAUGAUUUUUUUUGCAACAUCUAAGAAAAACCGUCAGUGCACAAAACACAGUUAAGCCUGAUCUCCAUAUUAUCUUCCGAUCGUCCCGAUCGCCUCAAAAGCAAGAGACGUGGACUCGCCAGCGAUGUCUCUGGGUGACACAAUAUAAUUUUGGCGCGUGUUUUGCAAACAAGCUAAACAUGAUGAUGAUUUUUAUUCGGAGAGCGAACCUCGCGCCUUGCUGUGUGCUUUUUCUCUCGAUUUUGCGGCGUCGAAAAGUUAGAAGAGUUCCAAGAAGACAUAGGAUCACGUCGAGAAGUUGAUGUCACGUGCUUUCUCUAAUUUCAAAUAGCGCCCAUACGCCGGGUGCGAACAUUUUCGUAUUAUUUUUUUCGACUUCAGCGUCAUCCAGGCCGAAUUUAUUCUAGAUUACUGGAAUAAAAGUGAUGAUUUCUGGAAUAGCCUUCGAUCGUUCCGAUCGUCUCAGUCCUCUGAGAACGUUUCCAUAUGAUCGCUUCAAAAUUUACGCGAUCGUCUCGAUCGUCCGGAUGGAACUCAACUCUAUCCAAGCGAUCGACGUCGACUCAGUCGACCGGGUCGUUUGCCAUCGUCCGGGUAGCGUCUCCAUAUGAUCGUUUCGAUCGUCUGAACAUUAUUUGAGACGACUGGCCAUGGCACGAUCAGGACGAUCCUGACGAUCAUGUGGAAACCAGGCUUUAUCCAGCAGGAGCUGUGUGUAAAGUAUAGUUUCAGUUCUUUUUGCUAAGCUUCAUUCUCGUUCUGAUUUUCUUAACAGGUUGAGAAAAAACUCCAACCGUUCUACAAAGAUCUGUUCCAUACGGAAGGUCCGAAAAAUUGUAUACCCAAAUGCCCUAUGGACAUUGUACCUUUUUACCACCCCGAAGCUGUUUUUCAUGCCUACGUUAUUGGGAAUAAAGACUGUUCUAGGAAAGCAAGUCAACAACUGCCUUUCUUUACAGAGAAUUUUGGACCAAAAUGGACCGAGUAUACUACAACAGUGCACGAGAUACCUGGACAUCACAUCGAGGUUUGAUUAUGUGCUGAGUGGUAGAGAUUCUCGGGGAUAAUAGAGUCGGGACGGGUUAGGGAAGGAUCGGGACGGGACGAGACGGGAUGGAAAAAGCGAAAACUUUUAAGCAGUGCGCAAGAGCCCCAGACAUCACAUAAAUGAUUGAUUAAGUGUUGGGAGAAGUUCUUCGGGAUAAUAGAGGUAAUAGGGACGGGACGGGAUGGGACGGGGAAGAGGCAAGCACUUUUCAGCGGUGCGCAAGACCCCCCGGAUUUCACAUUGAUGUAACGUUAUGUGCUGGGAGAGGCUUUCGGGUGAUAAUAGAGGUAAUGGAGACGGGAAGGAAUGGAACGGGGAGUGGCAAAAACCUUUCUUUAGUGCUCAAGGUCCCUAGACAGCACAUUUAUGAUUGGUUUAGUGCUGGGAUGAUAAUGGAGAUAAUAAGGGCGAGAUGGGAUGGAAUGAGGAGAGGCAAAAACCUUUUAGCAGUGCGCAAGAUCCCUAAACAUCACAUUAAUGACUGGUUUAAUGCUGGGAGAUGUGUUUCGGGAUAAUAGAGAUAAUGGGGACGAGACUGGAUGGGACGGGACGGGAGGGGCGAAAACCUUUCUUCAGUGUGCAAGAUCCAUGGACAGCACAUUGAUGAUUGGUUUGGUGCUGGGAGAAGUGUUUCCGGAUCAUAGAGAUUAUAACGGAGACGGAACGGGAUAGAACGGGACGAGGCGAAAACCUUUUAGCAGUGCGCAAGACCCCUAAACAUCACAUUAAUGAUUGGGUUAGGGCUGGGAAAAGUGCUUCGGGAUAAUAGAGAUAAUGGGGACGUGGCGGGAUGGAACGGGAGGGGUGAAAACCUUUCUUCAGUGCGCAAGAUCCACGGACAUCGCAUUCAUAAUUGGUUCAGUGGUGGAAUAAGUGUUUCGGAGUAAUAUAGAUAAUGAAGACGGAACGGGAUGGAACGAGGAGAGGCGAAAACCUUUCUGCAGUACUAGUGUGCAACGUCUCUGGAAAACACAUUUAUGAUUGGUCAAUGCUGGGAGAAGUGUUUCGGGAUAAUAGAGAUAAUGGAGACAGGAGAGGAGAAAACCUUUCUGCAGCGCGCUUCUCUGGACUGCACAUUGAUGAUUGCUUUAGUGCUGGAAGAAAUGAUUCGGGAUAAUAGAUAACAGGGACAGGACGGGAUGGGACGGGGGAGAGGCGAAAAUCUUUCAGCAGGGCGCAAUUGAUCCCUGACCCGAGGUUUUGGCUUAGAACCGGAGAAGAUACUCGGGGAUGAUAUAGGGACGGCGAAGAGCGAAGACUUUUCAGAGACUGAAAUUGUGAUCCAUCUGAGAGCCUUCAGGGGCACCCAACGAGGAUAUAGUUCAAAACCACUUAACAUACCAUUUUUGAACGUAUUUUAGUAUUUAAACGGUAGAUAUAGGCACAUUUUUAUCCCCUAAAAACUUUUCAUCUGUUCGGAUUUCCUAGCUGAAAGUCUAGUGAUCCGAAAAUUAUAGGGAUCAAAACUUACCUUUUCGAAAAUUUUAGCCAGAAAAAGGCUCCCGAAAAUUCUAGGUGGCCUUUUUUAGGGUAAAUAUCCGUUUAAAAUGGGUAAUUAUACCAUUUUGUAGAUGUUCGAAAAUCCUAGGAGAGGCAGGCAAGCAAGAAAUUUUACAACAAAUGUUCCGAAAAUUCUAGUUCUCAAAUCGUCUUCCGAACAGAUAUUUUCCCGAAAACUGCCGUUGGGUGCCCCUGAGCCUUUUGAAAGUAUGAUUAGUUAUUUUCCAAAAAAAGAAUCAUUAGAGUUUAAAACGUACCACUAGUUUGCAAAUGCUCUCGAGGAAGCAUUCGUCCCUGCUUCGGAAAUCAACGAUGACUGUACUUUACCCGGCAAAUGUCUUUUACGAGUUAUUUGUUUAAGUCUUGAAAUUCGUUUGUUUAAUUCGGUUUUCGGGGGAUUAUUUGUCUUCUUACAGGUCCAGAGCUUUACAGAGUAUUUCCAAAGUGACUGUACGGAUUCAAUAGCAUGGCUAAACGGUCCAAACUAUUUCACAGCCAUCACAGAGGGUUGGGCAGCUUACAACGAGUAUGAACUGUUUCCAAAUUACACUACACUCUACAACUGGGACUCCAAUCAACAAGGCCACAAAGACAUCAUGAAACAGAAGUAUGGCAUGUUGUACUACCAGGUACUUGAGACUGUCAUUAUUUAAGACGAUCUUUGACAAAUUUUUGAUACAUCAGUAUCAAAUUAUUGUGAAAGGUUUGAACCCCGUUAGAAGUCAUUUUAUAGGUUGAGUAUUGUAUAUGAUCGUCCGGGUGAACGUUGUCCCGUGAACAGGGCUGGUUGUUGACAGUGGCUGACGUUUCGACAACCUGUGUGUUAGUCAUCUCCAGAGUCAAAGUGAGUUGUAUCACGUCAGUCGAUGCUAUAGGAAACAUCACCGUUUACAAAUAAUGUUUUUGUUCUUCGACUAUGUUACGGGUAAAGAACAAAAGAAUCUUUUGAUUCAAGAACCAAUGCGCUUCUGGUUGAGUAUCGUUAUUAAACUCUGGUUAUUAACCUGAUUGGUCAAUUAAGUCGCGAUGUUUUUGGUCGUGAUGACAGUUUUGCGUCAAUAAGACGUUUGUACUGGGUCUAUUGGUGCCGGUCUGUUGACCAUGAUUUAGCGGCUUUUGUUCUAGGUAUUAACCAGCUUUCUAAAGUGAGUAGUUGAUAGUAGUCUGUAGAAUGGGUAAUGACGCAGAGUCCCGGUGGAUUCGAUGUUUCGUCUACAAAUAUUAAAUGAGACUUAAAAACUAAUAUAUCAAUCCCCACUUAACAGAUAUUAACAGUGGAACCUCGAUAAGUAUAACGAAGGGCCAAGGGGCUGGAAAAUAUAUAUGCAACGAGGCUUUGCUGUAUCGAGGUUCUUUUAAUCCAGUGACACAUAUUUCUCUAAUACCGGGGUAAAGAAUAUAGUUCGGUACACGGAGGGUCUCGUUAUACAAGUGUUCGUCGUAUCGACUUUCCACCGUGUAUAACUUUAUAACGUUUGAAAUACCUUACAUUUUGGUACUAAAUAUCCUAUGGGAUAAGGUCUGUAAGGAGGAUAUUCCUCUCUCUCUACCUUUUUCUCUUCUUGCUAAAUACAGUAACAAUAAUGAAAAGUUUAUGGCAUGAAUGGCAUAAAUCGUCCAAAUUCAAUUUAGAGCUAUAUUUUGUAUGAAUUGAUAACAAACAUUGUUUUCAUUUUUUGGCAGAAACUUCACGCCCUUCGUCCUAUUGUCGACAUAAUGUUCCACUUUGAAGGCACAGAUAUGUCGACAGUCCUCAAUUUGUACAAGCAAUACGUAUGGGAAGAUAAUAAUCAUCAAGUCAGGAAAGAUAUCGCCCGCAUUCUUAGCACCCCUGGAUUUGUAACGAGCUACAUGAUUGGUCAAAUGGAAAUAUCACGUGUCAAAGACAAGGCCGAGAGGGAGUUGGGUCCAGAGUUUUCGCUGAAGGAUUUUCAUUACGAGAUUCUGCGCGAAGGAGAGUUUCCGCUGGAAUAUUUGGAAGAACAUAUAACAGAAUACAUUGCCUGCAAGAAAAAUCCCAAUAAAAUAGGAUGCAAUGAAAUUCUGUAAUAACUAAGUUGACCACCAAAGCACAAGUUCAUAACAAUUCUCUUUUUCUACUUUACUUUAGGAUGAUGUUUGAAUGAAUUUUUUGUGAAACGUACGUUUUACAACAGAUCAUCGUUGUCAUAGCAGUACGGCAUACAGCUGUAUAAGAGGCCAUGUUUUUUAUUAUAACCAAACAAUGAAAUUUCUUUUCCUUAGGAAAUACGCCUCCCCUUUCUAAGGUUUCCAAAAUGAUUUACCAAAAUGAUCGUCAUGUGCACACAUAUUCCUAAUUGCUACAGCGUUUGCCGUAUGGGUUUAACCCCUCUGGCUGUGCAGGUAAUCAUAUUUCAAAAGUAAAACCGUCAGUUAUCUGUUUUAAAGCAAUGUUGUUUUGUGUGCCACAGUUUUAGACUUAGAUAGUCACAGUCAACUUUGGGACCUCGCUGACGUGGUCACUAGUUUUCAAAAGCACGAGUCGGAUACAUUUAGAAAUCCGCUUCAAUCUCUCCUAGUGUCUCAUUUGAUCUUCGAUAUUUUACUCAAAACCUGUUUGACCUGUUUCUGAGUAGUCUUUUACAGUAUGAACUGCAUAUCUUGUAAUAUGCAAAUUAGCUAAGAAAUGGUAUCUAAUGCGCAUGUGUAUCAGCUGACUGUGUCCAUUAAUUUUGUAACAAAAAGAAAGAAAAAGACAAGGAGGCAUUUGAAAUUAAAAAAAAAAAAACGUUUCCUGGAGCCGUGGUGUGGCCUGCAGUGAACACGCAUGGUAACAUGAAGUACAUUUGCACAUCGCUUUCUGGGGUCCUGCACUAGUGUCUAGGUGUUUGGGGGUGCUAUUAGACAUGUCGGGUAGAAAAUGCACUAGCUAAAGUGUCAAUUCUCCCCUGGCAAAACUACCACUUCUUUUUCACCUUUUUCCAAGCUGCGGAGCCGUGUCCCAGGCCGAUACAUGUGCUAAGACGACCAAAAGGACUGCAAUUUGUCAGCUAAAUAGGGGGACGGAAAUAUAUAUAUAUAUAUAUUUUUUUUUGUAGGGGCGCAAAUAAAAACGGUGGCACUGAUCGCAUGAGAGUAGGACACGCACGAGAAGAGAGAUACGCGCAUGGGGCAGAAGCUACUACUCUCGAGCUCGCGCUUGUCUUCAGCUACGCGCGAGAGCUCUCGAGCUCGCGCUUAUCACUUAUCAUGCGCCGCACGAGUCUAAAAGAAAAAAAACAAAAACAAAAAAUGUUCAACCAGGUUCAACUUGUCUUGCACUAUUGCUGCAAUACGAGUUAAAAAGCAGUGUCACGACGCGUUUUACCACCUAUGAAUCAUCAAACCUGUCUUGCAACAAAUCGUGUUGUGGCAGGUUGUGGAAAUUUGUUGCAGGAAGUUAAGAUAGUAGUUUUACUUUUUGCAACAAAAUUUGUACAUGUUGUGCGUUUUACCGGCCCACUGCAAAGUUUUUUCGCAGCGAGCGACGAAACUCCCCUGUAUGGCUUGACUCCCGCGUAAUUGUAUCCAAUCAGAAGUCUGUACACGCGCAACUCGCAACAACCGGAUUUGCUGUAAAGACUGUGAGGUUUGAAACUGGGUGGUAAAACGCAGCAUCCCUUUUUAACUCGACAGGCUAUACUUUGCUAGACUGCAACUAAACUUGUUCCCAGGGUUCUCUUCGACUUUCUCGCUCCGAAGAAAGAGUAGAAACCAGUGACAAGGCAACCUUGUCCCCAGGGCUUUUUCCGAGGUCGAUGACAAGGUUGGACUGCGGAGUGAAAAACGUUUGCUUAUUUGUCGUCCUGGCUAACCGUUUUUUGGCCUGAUUUUUUCUCACCUUUUUUUAAAAAUACUAAAGUACAUUUAAGUUGUUAAGAAUUUAUUUGAUAGUUUGUUAAAUAAAUUCUCCUUAACUCCCGAGGUGUUUAAUUUAAUCGAAAAUCCAAAUCCCAUGACUGUGCAUUGUAUUUUAUAUCAAUAGCAGUUAAACAGUGUAUCAUGCCGUGAAGCAUGACCGCGCGGGCCGAUAUCUCAUUAUAUUUGGAAUGAAACGCGUACUAUCAAUAACUAGUUACAUCAAGCACCAGUCUGGUUUCUGUAAAAUAUACGAUGUUAUUUUUCGACGUUUCUUCUGUGUGACACAUACUACAAAAGACAGUGGAAAAGAAUAUCAGGUGGGUUGACGCAGCCAAAACGGUGUUGUCAUAGUAGAAGUUUUUUAGUACAAGCUUUGAUAAUUUGUGAGAUAUUUCAAGCAUUUCUAACAUUUGAACAAUUCCUUUUUCAAGGUGUUGUUAAUUUUCCCACAAUUGUAGUUUGCAAACGAAUGUUUCUUCCAAAAGAUACUCUUAGGAUUCAAGUUUUCUCUCCGUUGCAUAGUUGGACCUUCGAUUGAGAGUUUAAGGCAUUUAGAUGCUAUGAUAAUUGAUGGAAUAUGUUACACAAGGAGCUCCACUUGAAAUAAUAUUUUAAGACCCGUACAGGCCAAGUGAGUUUUAGACAGUUUCUAUGCAGUAGCCUUUUUGAAGAGUGUUCAGGUUCUGUUUCCUUCAAUCACCGCAGAAUUUACCUCGGAAGUUUUUUGAGACGGACGAUCUGAUACCCCCGCUCCCGCCUUUCGCAAGCUAUAAGUAAUAUUUUGCUUUACGUCUUCCACGUAGUCGUUACUCUAGUGUAGCUAGAGAGUUUUUUUCCAUUUUUCAGCUUGUUUCAAUACAGAUUAUCACCAUGCAUAGAAAAGCUCUCAAUAAAACUACUCAACAUACAGUUGGCGAUCGUUUAUCAGUUUUGUGUUUGGUUUUCGUGAGUGACUCUCGAUGGAUAUUAAAACACGUCGAUUAAUCGCAUGGUUUUCUACGCACUCUACAUCCCAUACAAUGAUUUUAAAACUGGAGUUAAAGGCAGCAAUGAAUUGGGAAUCCUCUAAGUGAAGAUAAAGCACAAAGUUAAGCUUAAGGUUUGCUCUCAGUUAAAACGCCUGACUCGAUGUGCUAAUGAAAAUGGCAAGUACUGACGCGAAACGGAAAAACUCUGUUGUGUUCGAGGUCCAACGAUGUAAUUUACAUGUCUGAAAACGAAACAGUUGGGCUACCGUAGUACGCUGUUCUUAGUUGCAAAUGCUACGCAAAAAGACAGGUUCCAGGUUUUUGUACGAGGUCUUACUCUAGAACAGCAAUCUGAUCACACUUCUUCUUGAACUUUACCUUUUUAUAAGUUCUUCUUAAGUUGUCUGUUUGUCGUGAAUUCAUAGUUAUGUAAAUUUUCGUAUUAGAUUUUAGUUCCCUUUAUACAUUCUGACCCUCCAAACAUCUAUCGUACAUCUUGUUUGGAAAUUUAUCGUCAGAUUUAUCACAAUAACCGGCAUGUCCUACACGUAUGGCCUCAGUCAGUUCUCUCUAGUGAAAAUCAUGAUUUAUAAUCUAAGUUGUGGCUGCUAUUUGAAAUUCAGAUGUAAAUUAAACAAUUGAAGGGUUUUGUUAACGUUUGUCAACAUCCUUAUCCAUGAAUUUUCAUCACUGAAUUAGGACUUCAUUCUACCAACCUAAUACAGCGUAGCAUUUAGUGAAUCUUUGAGUAUUUUUGUAAAUGUUUAAAGUUCUGAUCGAUGUCUCACCAAGUUUACACUUUCUCGGCAAGAUAUUCUCAUAAACAAACAACGACAAAGUGUUCUGCAAUUUACGCGUUUAAGUAAACUCAACUUUGGUAAACAUUUGCUAUAUAAAAAGCAAAUUUUGCGGGACACGCAAAGCGGAAUGAUUCUCUGUUUAUAUAACAUUUCUGAACACUGAAAUGAUUCGUAUCCGGUUCUUUUGAUCCCAAGCCAGCGAGCAGGGGACUGGAAGCUACCCUCACGCGGGCUUGUGCUAAUUGAGAGUUUACUCAUUUGGUUUUCAACUACACCUACCACUGAAUGGAGAAACUAUUAAAAACUAGAAACACAAGCACUACUUUUUAACUUUAUCAUGUCCAAUCAGUUUGUUUUCUUACAUGUAGCACUAAUAGUGUAAAACAAAGACUGUUUUUAUAUACAACUUAUAUUAUGCCAUAUAUAAGGGAUAGAAUUGGGUUCUGGGUUUGCAACAACAGCCGUAACCAGCUCCUUCCGUGGCAAAAGAGAGGCAGUGUGGCCUACUCAGGCCGAGUGGGUAGCGCGCUCGCAAUCAGGCGGUCCUGGAGUCUCGCUCGAGUCUCGCUCUGGCCACUUGCUGGAUUUGUUCUCGGUUGUCCCGAGUUAAAAUCCACCCGGCCACUCUAGUAAAUAGCCAAGUGGUUGCCUCCUGCUAGUUGGGGCGAUCUCAACAGCAACCACAUCCUCGGAGGCCCAGGGGCAGUUAUUCGGGUCGAUAAAAUGUUCGUGGUGAAAGUUUUCUGUAAGAUCGAUCUUACAGAAAACUUUCACCACGAACAUUUUAUCGACCCGACUAACUGCCCCUGGGUCUUCGAGGAUGCAGCAACCAAAUAUGUUGAAAGAUGUUGGACCAACAUCUUGGAUAAUGUUAAACACGCCGUUAACGAUUCAAUUCUUCAUUGCAGUGAUCCCGUCAUGGAGAAUGGUGUAAAGAAUAUGAACUCCUCCUCAUUGGCUGUUAACCCUUAUAAGUACAACAACAAAGAGCCGAAGAAAUCCAGAGACUGGCGUGGUCUGUUAAUGAUAAUUGUGGCUCCACUUUUUCUUUGCGCAAUUUUGUUGAUAAUAUUCUUUUACGCUGUAAGAAUUCCACCUGUAAAGCCUUACACUUCCCUCUGCCUUGGAUCAGCGGAGGCUAACCGUUCAAACCUUACAGCGAUGUUCAAAAAGAUAGAACAUGUCUAUUUCCACAAGCUGCAUCCCGAGAUGAUUUACCAGAUGGCAAAAGUCACGCCCGAGGAAAUCCGAAAAAUUUUUCGGCCUUUUGAUCCAAAUCCCGAAGCCAUCAGGAAUCGAACCGAGUUAGCCAAUGAGAUACUUAACGAGUUAAAUUCCUUACAAUUUAAUACUUCGCUGCUUAAACUUAGAGAACGAAAGGCAGUUCAUGUGGCUCGAUCGGUUUUACGUAAUAACUUUGGCUGGGCACCUUAUGGACAAGACUACUUCAAUGGAGAUUGGCUCUUAGGACCCGCUUCGCAUUGCGCCAUCCCUGUUUGUUCUUUGUUAAUUCAUCUGAACGCCGCGUUUUCUUAUUUCAAACCGCGUAACCUGACUGAGCUGGAGAAACUAAAAGAUAUGUUUGAAGAGUACAAUCGAACAUUUGAGCGGCAUAUAGAAAAUUGGAAAUACGGAGUAAGGGCUGGUUACGUCAGGCCACUAGAGGUGUGUAAAGCUGGUUUGCAUCAGAUCAAGUAUGUAACGUACAGAGGGAUGACCUUGAAAAAUGAGCGAGGUAAGUGCUCAGUGCAUAUAAAAUAUGUGUUCACAUAAUUCAGGCAGUUCAUGAUUACAUAGCGUAACCAUUUUUAGAUCAAUAGAAUUUUUAGAAUCCCAUUUACGGCAGACGGCGAACUGAGUCAAUUUGUACUACGUGACCAAGUUUCCCCCUUACUUGUCGUUUACUGUUGUUUAAUCUAAGUACGCACUUUUAGAAAUUUUGUGUCAGGUUCACCCAUUAGAAUUAUCUUGGACAGGAGCACACAACCAGGAGAGAGUAACUCCCUUUGGCCUAUUCAACGGCGUUUUCAAAGAAGAGUUUAUUUUUAGAUGGAUUUUCUGCGUAUUUUGAAUAAUAUUAAAUAGAACUUAAAAAUCAGUCAUCAAAAACCGGGGACUAUGCGCUCCCGUAUUGUAUAGUUUUCUGUUUUCUGUUUUUUGUUUUUUCUUUCUUUCUUUCAUACUUUUUAAUUUGAAAAUCGACUCAACUGCGAUAUGCUCGAGUGGUCAAAAUUGAGAAGCCUGGAGGAAAGUCGUAAUCACAAUUCUCACUCCAUUGUCUCAUGGAUAAGAUUGACGUGACAUUAGCCAUUACUGGUGUCACAUGAAUUAGUUGGAAAAUUUGUACCCAGACUCAUCCAGGCUGACUUGAACUUGGCGGUGUCUGUUUCAAAAACGACUCGCGCAUGGGCAAAAAUUGUCUUAUUGUCACAAAUUAUUCCCCACAGAAAUGUCUGGUAACAUGUAUUUUGUUGUCCAAAUUGUUGACUUAUCAUUUAUGUUUGGCUUUAAUUUCAUCUAGGGAUUUACGAGGAGGCAUUCGCUGUUACUCUCAUGAAUUCAAGCUUUUUUGAUCAGUUGUCAGACUCCGAUAACAAAACAUGGAAGGAACUGUACAUUCUCAAUGUGAAGUCGUACUUUAACAGAUCCCUUAUAGAGAAUAUCGCCCAACCAAUAUUAAAGAUGCUAAGGUAAGGUCCAAACUGCUCACAACCCAUUUUUUUCCUCGAGGGAAAGCGAAGACUGGGUAGAGUUUGUGAUCUCUUGCGGACUACAUAGCGCUCAGUUAACUUUGGGUCCCGAUUGGCCUGUGUAACUGUUACUCGUAAUUCUAUAAAUUUCGGAAAGAAUUCGCUAACUUUCGGAAGUAAUUGGGUCACAAUUAGUCAUGGAUAUUGACCAACGUACCGCUCUCGUGCAUGAUACAAGUAACUUUCUGUGUCAAUGGUCCAAGUUCGGCAGCUUUAGAAUUAUGCUUAAUUUUAACGAACUUUUUGUUUAUUCGUUCUACCCAAAGGUACCUUGAACAUGAACACCUACUGAACUGCCCAACCGCACAAAACUCUAACAACGGACUUGGAAGUCUGCCUCUAACUUCAGUAUUUUAUAAUGACGUUGUUGAUCCGGCCACGACAGCGACUGGAGAGCUACCCACCAAGGAAAAGCUAAGUGGUGCUAAGACUUAUGAGAAUUUAAUGAGAUUCUACACUUCUCUGGAAAUAUCACCGGCUGAACUGAGGCAGAAGGCCACUAAAAGGCUGGAAGAGUUGUACAAUGAGGUGACAACAUAACUAAAAUUCUAAAAUAGUUAUACCUCAAGUUUUCGUUUGCAAAAUAGUAAACCAGCCGACUGCAGGAAAGUACGGCUCAUGUGGCGUUAUUUUAUUUUAUUUUUUUGACAAGUGGUCACACAUUAGUAUUUUAUUCACGGACUGUAGAGCAUAAUAUACAGCACCACAAGAAAGAACUGCUCAGUAGCUUUCAUUUGAAUGGUCACACUUGAGGAUUUCAUCCUCAAAAGUCAAAAGCUAGAACUACCUUAUACAAAGCAAAAUAAUCAGCACAACAGGAAGGAACUGCAAAAGUAUUGCUUUAGUAUAGCUUUUUGUGCAAUUAUCACCCCAAGUCAAACGACUUCUCUAUCACCCACAGACCCAAAAGCGAGGACAGGACUUCCUUACAAAACAUACACUCCGACAUUCGGCUCCCUUGACCCCAAAAGCCCAUGUUCGAUAUAUUACAAUUCUAACAUGACUCCGAGGCUUUAGCGACAAAAUUGCAGUUUUUUCACGACUCCAUUGUCUCGCAAUUCCCAGAAUUGAGGGACUUGAGAACAAAAGAAAACCAAACCAAAUAUAGCAAAAUGACCAAAUAGCCUCGGUGUCAUGUUACAAUUUUAAUGUAUCAAACGUGGACUAUUGACUAUGACGGCGAAAGGGGGUUCCCUCAACCAAGUAUCUAUACAUUUAUUUUUCUUUAGGCAAUAGACAUUGCCAAAAGAUACACCUUGCAACAAGACAACACCACCGCCAUCGAUCAGUUUACGCAGGCGCUGAACAGACGAGACAUGUCUUUUAACGAAAAAACGUUUCCUAGCAACGAGAGUGAUGACGAUGCAUUUAGUAAAUGCCUGGAUGACGAGAGUGCGCAGAAAUAUUGCCCCGAACGAUGGAAGGCAAUGCAAGCAUGGAUAAAGAAUACUGUCAGUGUAAGUAGACUAUAGACCAGGUCUCAGUUGUUCAAAAGGGGGAUAACUCUAUCCACUGGAUGAAUCGGCUUUCCAGUGGAUAACGCGAUCGGUUCCCAAAUACUUAAUAUAUACUGAAUAGCAAUUUAGCCGGUGGAUAGCGCUAUCCAAGUUAACACUUCUUAAGAAAAUUCACUUUUAAACUAGUUAUAAAUUGCCCGCGAAUUUUGUAGUUUUUUUUAAGCCUUUCACUGAAAUAAAAGCAUUUGUGGUUGUCCACAUUCUCUGUCUUCCGCUCUGAAGAAAGUCCCUGGAAUUGGAGGUUCUGUCAACAUUUGUUUUUUGAUGCGUUUUUUGAUUGCAGACAAUGAGCACGAUCAGACCAGUUUUGGACCCUCUAUUUUACGAUAGUGGCCCGAAGCGCUCCAUCCCUACCUGUCAAAUUGAAGUUAUUCCAUGGUAUCAACCGUACGCCAGCUUUCAUGCCUACUAUCCUGGCUCUAAAGACUGCACGAAAAACUCUUCCCAGGCGCUGCCUUUUUUCUUGGACAAAUUCGGCCCAAAAUGGACCGAGUAUACCACCACAUCUCAUGAACAGUUACCAGGCCAUCAACUUGAGGUUUGUUGCGCCGUCUUUUACUCAUGCUGGUCCUUUUGUACAAAUAUAAUGUAAGAAAACCAUUUCCCUUUUUCAAUUUUACCAGGAAUUGAAAACAUAUCCUUCAACUCCAGGCAAGCGCGCCCAUUAACACGCACAUAUAUAUAUGCCCGUGCUUACAUGAACAGCUAAAAUACAGGAAAAAAAAAUUAAUUCCUGAAAAGGCAUUUUUUUAUAAUUAAAUCGGGAUGACUGGUACAUUUUUCUGACUUUAUUGGUGUGUUUUUGCAUAGUUAUUAGAGCGAGGAGACUGGUUAUGAAAGCCGGAAAAUUGAACGUUGGACACGGUCAAGUCUAAAAAAGUUAACAAAACCGAAUUGCAAAAGAGACUAACGGGAUUCAUACCCAUUCCACUUUGAUAACUGUGGUUUUUGUUAGUAUUUCUUUUAUUCCUUUAUUAUUCCAUAAUUCUGAUGGCGUCACUAGCCUUUUUUCCUCGUAAGCACUGUACCUCACUGACAACACUAGAGAUGCGUAUUAAUUUACUGAAAAUGUCCUGGCUGCAGAAAAGGUUGGGAAAGGCCCUAAAUUUAAUUUUUUUCUGGGGAGCAUGCCUCCGGGUUGGGCCGCCUUAGGCACUUCAACUUUUCUCCCCGCGUCCGUAUACAAUAUGAACCCUCAAAAUCUCUGGUUGCGCCCCUGCUGUACUUUCACCUAUCCCCUGGUCAUGAUGGACCGUUCGGGAGAAGCGCCUUUUGACUUUGUUUUCAGACUCUCUCAGGGCUUCGCAAACCCUCCGCCCUGUCCAAUCAUGGCUCUUGACUCUAUGUAAAAGUAGCAGCAAAGAGAUUUCAAAUGAAUAGCCCAUUAUUCUUUAUAGGAUACUAUCCACAGACCGGGCUCGAAAUUUAACACUUUGCUAGGCAAGUAUUUCACCUUAAUUGCUUGGAGGGCUGCAAGGGGGUAGUACGCAUCGCUUAAAAUCUUCUAAUUUCAUUGGUUCUCCAUAACACACAGCUCCAUUGUUGUAGGGAUACAGUCAUUGUUAUAUUUCUAUGUCUAUUGUUUUCAUAGCUAAUUAUGUAAAAGUCGUGUUGAGACGCGAAAAGUCUUUGUGUCGUGGAAAGAGGAGAGACGGCUAUAUUCGCAGGCUAUACAUGUUAUCGUCUGGAAGAGGGCGUAUAUUCCCGAAAAAGAAGGGACUUUUUGAUCCGACAACGCUAUGAUACCAAAAACGUCGCAAACAUUUCGAACAAUAGUACAGUCAAAGCUCGUUAAUACGGACACUUAGGGAAGGGGCCAGAGAAAUUGUCCGUAUUAACGGUUUAAUUUAGGGAAAAUUUGUGAGCUUUCUUUCCCUCAGAGACAAACCAAACUGUCCGUAUGCGUUUUGACCAGUGGCGGAUCCAGGGGAGGGGACCGGAGCACCCGUCCCCCCUCCCCCCAUUUUUAGAUCAGACUGAGACCCAAAGGUCUCCUUAUCUCAGGCUCUGGAUGACUGUCCCCCCUCCCCCCUUCCCCCAACCCCCUUAUCUGAAGGUCUGGAUACGCCACUGUUGACUGUGUUUUCAAAUUCUCUUUAGCUUUGCUUACCUAAAUCUCUGCAACUCUCUGCCCAUUAACCUUAAGAAAGGAACAUGUGUAACCUCAUUUAGAAAGGCUAUUCAUAGUCAUUUUUUAACGAGAUACAAUGACGUUGAUCAUUUUAGCCAAGAGACUAUAAAGGGGACAGAGAGGGCAUCCCCCAUAUACACCCUAUUCCAUAGGUAAUUCGUCUCGAGUUAUUUUUAGAAUCGGGAUAAAGUUACCUCGCGCGAGACGUGGAUGUUUCGUGGAGGUUUCUCGUGACCAAAGGCCGUGCAAAACAUGUCGGGCGAGAGGCAAUGAAAGCGUAAAAAGAUGGAGAUCAUUCCUGAAUAUUGAAGCGAAAUGAGUCGGCGCUCACCUGGGAAAAAGGAAUCGCUGGACUCUUUGACAACCCGUGAAAUCAGUUUAACUAGAAGUUGUCGUAACCUCAGUGCUUUAAUAAAAUGAGAAAUUUCGCCGGUCUAUUGAAACCGGUCGUUUUUACAAUUUAGGGAGUUUAACAUCCAACGACGCGGACGACAACUAGAACGUAAAAAAAACAAUAGUUUUAAUUAGCAAAACAACAACUUCGCACGUGCAACACACUUUUUUGUUCAUUUCUUUCCCGUUUUUGCACGACUAAGACGUGAAAAUGCCUAAUUUCGCGUUUUAUGGAGGACAUAAAUAAGCAAAGACGAAAUUUUAUUUCUCUUUCUGAGCUUGAAUAUGGUCCCUUGAAAUUCAGCUUUAGGAGGAUUCGCCUACAAUUGAAAAAGUAAGUGGGUAGGAAUAAUCGCUAUAAAGACUGAAAAAAAUAAACAUCAAACCAGAAAUUGCUCUCUUCAAACUGUAAAUUAUAAAUGAUCCUGAGAGAAUAUUCAGUGUGUUAAGGAUUUCCCUGCUCUACUGUUAGCUCUAUACAAGAGAGGAAGGGCGAUUCUUUUUUAAUUUCGGUUUCGCUGACACAGCUUUCGCAGAAAUCUCGCUGUAGUCGUUUUCGUCGACAAAAGGAAUGGCAAAAUCGCUCUCCGCGUCUUCCCCCAUUUUGUUCUGCGUCAUUUCGUGAAGGACGCGUGGCUCUCAGCGUGGGUCAUCCACGCGGAACACAUUCGCGCUAUGUGAUUGGCUGUCGUCUAAUCCCCCUUGAGAUCUGUGGUGUUAAAAAUAACUCGAGACGAAUUACCUAUGGAAUAGGGUGUAUAUGGGGGAUGCCCUCUCUGUCCCCUUUAUAGUCUCUUGUUUUAGCUUAAGAGAAACUUAAUUUUAUUUCUUAGUUUUAUGCUGAUACGGCAUUUCACAACCUUCCACUCGCUUGACCCACCCUAGUUGUAUUCUUAUUGAAAUUUUAGUUUGUAGAUAUUCAUUGUAAGGAUAUUUUAUAAUGGUAAUAUAGUUUUUACUCUUUUUAGUCUUAUUCAUAUAUAUACUUAUAGUUCUUUUUCUUUAAAGAUAUGUAUUUUUAGGUACUUAAUUUUUUUUAUAGUUUUAGUUUGAGGGCCUCUAGUUAUUGAGUUGAAGUACUGUCCCGUGUUACCCUCGAUAAAUAAAGUUUAUUAUUAUUAUUAAUAUUAUUAUUAUUAUUAUUAUUAUUAUUAUUAUUAUUAUUAUUAUUAUUAUUAAGACUUCACUUUCGCUGUAGCUGGUCUACAUCUGCACUCUUCAUUUUAGGCCUAGAUUUUUCAUAGUUCUUUUUUUCUUAGAAAUGCUUGAUUUUCCUUUUCCCACUCUUAAAUUAUUCACAAUUGUAAACAGUUUUCGAUCGUGGACAUAUAUUUAGUUUUUAAUUAGUAUCUUAGAGUUCUGAAUUGUGAAUGGGUUUUGCCGGAAAUUUGUAUUCAUAUAAUAUUGAUGUGGACGUUUUAUUUUUAUGAAUAUUUUACGGAAGUUUUGUGUGUAGUUUUUAUAAGAUUUCUAUAACAUUUUAAUAAAGAAUUUUUCCUUAUUAUUAUUAUUAUUAUUAUUGUUAUUAAUAACUGGUGAAAAUUAUCGUCCAGAUCUUCUUUUCCUAAUCCAAUCCAACUGCCUACAUGUUCUAGAAUGAACAAUUGGUUUCGAGUCUUCCUUAACAACAAUGCAGUGCGUAAAAAAGAAAAAUAUCUGAACUUGAUCAACGAAAUGAGUAGAAAUCACAGAUGUGUGAGAUUUGUAGAUCUCUCCAUGAGCUCCCUUGGCGUUUUCUCCAAUGAGUGCUCCACGUUCUUAGACAUGAUGAAUGACAUUGGCAUUGACAAUUAAGCAGCAACUUUAUAUAAUCAAGAAAAUGAUAAACAUAGCCAUUAGAGCAACAUAUUACAUCUUUUGUUGUAAAAAUAGGAAUUGGGAUAGCCCAGACUUAAUGUAAUUUUGAUUUCUUUUCUUUUUUUUUUUGCUUUUGUUUUGUUUUGUUUUUUUGAAUAAUCCAAUCUCAAGCAGCAUUUGUAAAUUGCCUAUACGUAGCGAGAUUUACAAUCGUACAUUCAAAACACAAAUAAAGUUUUUUCCAUUAUUAUUAUUAUUAUUAUUAUUAUUAUUAUUAUUAUUAUAAUCCACAGGUUCAAAGUUUCAUCGAGUUUUUUGAAGACAGCUGCACGGAUGCAAUUCACUGGCUCAGUGCAUAUAAUUGGUUUCCCGCAAUGACGGAGGGAUGGGCUACCUACGCUGAGGGCAUAUUACUUCCUUUAAAUACCAACCUAUACACUGACAUUUCAGACAAACAGAUACUGCUGCAAAAGUACGGAGUGAUCUACUAUCAGGUACAUAUGACACUUUUACUCUUAACUUGCUUUACUCUGGGUAGCCUCCGGCCCCCACAGACGUUCUUUUGGCUCGUCAAGCAAUCCUCAGGAACGCGUCACAAACUCCUAAGAGGGCGACUAUAGUCUGGGUGCGUUAAUCCCCUGUUUUUAAAUUCAUUAAGGGGGAGUAUAGUUAAAGCAUUAUUUUUCGUAUAUUUCCGCCCUUUUUCUUUAUAUCAUAUCUAGCCCUUUAGUCCUUGGUUCAAUAAUUUUUGGAACAUUUUAAGAUGAUUUUUCGAAUGUUUUUAAUCUAUACGAAUUGGAGGAUGUUAAAAAUUUUAGAAAAUUGGAAAAUAUUGGAUUUUGAGGUUGUUAAAAAUUAAAAUAUUAAGUGAAUAAUUGGUAGUUAAGACAAGUACCAGAUAGUCCACCACCACAACAACAUGCAUCUGAGCCCAAAGUGGACUAACUGGUUUAUAUGUGUAUACCUUUUCCCCUUGAUUUAUCUCCUUCACAAAUCACCAUCUUAACCCUUUCACUGCCAAAUUUAGCCAAAAGCAAAUUUUGACCAAAUUUCCAAAUUUCAUUUUGUGAAAUUUUGAAAAACAAAUAGCACCGUGUGUGAGUACAGGCAGAGAGUGAAUGGUCACAUCAUAGGAUUUUGUCUACAGAAUCAAAAGUUAGAGUCACCUUACAAAACUCCAUCAAACACUACCGAUUCACGGCAAAUAGACCUUGUUCAAUAUAACCGCCAUUUUUGCACGCGCUUAAGGCCUCAUACGAGGAAAAACAGGGUCAAGUGGUUUCUCAGUGGGCAAAGUAGCCUGUUGCAGGCUCUCAGGUAUUGCGGAAGACGCGAAAGUGAAAGUGAGAGGCACGCGAAAAGUUGGCGGGGCGGGAAAAAGGAAUGGAUAGAUCCCCAGUUUCCUCCAGUUUUAUUUUCGUGUUCGCGCUUUCGCAAUUCAGCGGACCCGACUACCGCAUUUAUGCGAAUAAGAGCCCAACCCCGAAUUAGCGCCCACCUCGAAUAAGCACCCAUCCUAAAGGCAGAAAAAGGUCAUAAGCACCCAGCCUCGAAUAUAAUGUCCCGGCAUUUGUUUGUUUUCAACAGCUUUUGGCCGCUCUCCGAGCAGUGGUGGACAUCGAUCUCAAUUAUUACGGUAAAACUCGAGCACAAGCAAGACAAUUGUACAAGAAGUACAUCUGGGAGGACGACACAGACUUUGUCAAGAAAGACAUCAUCAGAAUUAUAAGCUUGCCAGGUUUUGUAACCAGCUAUAUGAUCGGCGAGAUGGAGAUAACGCGUCUCAGAGAUUUGGCCAAGAAGGAGCUUGGUACGGCAGUUUUCACGCUGAAAGACUUUCAUUAUGAGGUACUACGGCAAGGCGAGUACCCGCUUCCUUAUCUUGAAGAAACGAUACAGAAUUACAUUGCCUGUAAGAAGGAUCCUACAAGAAUUGACUGUAAAGAGUUCUUUUAGCUUGUGUUUGAAGAACCAAAUUCGUCUAGUUCGGCCUAUGUAACUGCGGAGCGAAAAAAAAAAGGGGGGCUAAAAAUAAAAUUGGGCAUUCCAUUUUUUUUCGUACCCCCCCCCUCCCCUUCACUUCCCCUUCUCCUCCAAUAAGCAAUAAAAGGUGGCCCCUGUCUUUUUUUAAGACGCCGACAACAUUUUGGACCCCUUGGAUGCAAUCCUCAAUGGUGCCGACAACACAAACCACAUGGGAGGGGGUGGGGGGGAGGCAGUGCGGCUAGAAAAAUGAAAUGUCCCAAUCCAGCCGGUUAUGUACGUUGUUUCUUUUUUAAAAACAGACGAGUCAACGUUUAUUUGACCUUUCAAAAAAACAUGUUUUUAAGUCCUAAUCAGUUGACCGCCGGAUUCCGGAAUCAGGGAAAAUUUUUGCUUGUGGAAUCUGGAAUCCUCGAAAAUUUGGCUUGUGGAAUCCAGAAUCCUGGGCAUUGGAAUCCGGAAUACAGCUCAAAGAAUCUGGAAUCCCACUGCAGUUUGGAAUUAAGAAUUCAAUUUCCAGUUACAAAGUCUGGAAUCCCAGCACCUGGAAUCCAGAAUCCACGGCAUGGAUUCCAGGAUCCAUGACUGUCUUGGAUUCCCUUACUUGUGGCGAUUAAUAGUAUCCACUGGAAUGUGUAGUUUUGCACACAGUCCUUAUUUGGAUGGUAACUCAACACUCAUACAGCCAACGUAAAGGAGCGCGAAAGACAUUACCUAUUACGUACAACGUAGUGGACAUUUUAAAUGCAUUUGUUGACAUUUGUUAUGGAAGAAGAGGGUUAGGGGUGUUACAUGUAAAUGGCGGUUCCAUUUAAACAAUAUUGCCAUCAGCUUAUUAGGGCUAAAAAUUCAGGGGGCCUUGGCUUAUUUUGAGAAACUCUUCAAAUUCUCAGUUUAACACCACUGAAUUUCCCCGCCAAAUAGAGUCUGGGAAACGAGCGCAGAAAUUCCAUGCAGAUGACGUGUCUGGGUAGUGCCUCUGAUUGGUUGAAACAAAUUGUCUGCUCGCGAAACGACCAAUCAGAACAGUUCCCAGAUCUGGGUUGUGACACAUCGUCGGAAUGGAAUUUCUGUACACGUUUCUCAGACGUCAUUUCGCGGGGAAACCAGCGAGGGGUGGCGUUGAGAAAUCUCGGCUGUUUUUUGUAGCAUUGAAACAGUGAUUAUUCCGGUCAUAAUUUGCCUUUGUUUGCCUACAUUACCGCUCAAAGACUCGGGGACCAAUUAUAUUUUUGUGUUUCAUAUAAUUAGUAUUGAUAAUCAAAGCAUAUAGUUAAUGCUUGCUAGUUUUGCUGUGGAGAGAAAUAUUAGGAUAAAGAAAGCAUCUCCUUGCCAUUGUCAUUUUAAAUAUGUAGCAAUAUAAGUCUUUUAAUAAGCUAAAGAAAACUUGUUAUGAGUAAAAUUAAAUUUGACUUUCUUGAUCUUAGUCAAGCGAGCAAAAUUUUCAAAAUAUAUCUGUAAAUAGUUAUUUAUUAAGAGGCACCCCAGUUCGCCGACUAUUUUCAUUUUCAUUAAGUACUAACAUACUGGCUUUAUAUCAACCACAUUUAAUUUCUCGUUUUAACCCUUUCGAAACAGUUAGAAGCAGUGGAAAGAAAAUAUUUCUCUAUUUUCGUACCACCGUACGGUUUGCACCCCAACACAUCAAAAUUCUGCAAUAACCACAGGCGUCCCAAGCUCACGUUACUAGCUGUUACGUACAUUAACUUUCUCACAACGGAGUCGGUGUCGCGUUACUUGGUAUAAGAAAUAAAAUACAGGAGUACCCAACGACACUUGAAAAAUUUCAAAAGUGAUUGGAUAUCGCUCCCAGUAAUAUUUUAACAGUCACUAAUUGUUUUUUGGUUGAUUAUUAACUUUUCUGGCAAAAUUACAUCCGCUUCCCAAGGCCAGCUAGAGCUACAAGUACAUUUGAAAGUACAAUAUCCAGCCAGGAUCUUUACCUUAAGGGCUUUUCCCAGCCAGGAUUUUUACCAAAAAGGCGUGUCCUUAGCCAGGAAUGUCUCUUUUUUCCCUUUUUUGCCAGCAAAAAAAAAGGUAACCGACAUUUAGCCAGCCAGGAAAAUAAAUUGAGCCAUUUUAUCCGGGUGAUACGACUUUGUAUGAGAAAUAAAAUACUGAGGCCUGUGCGAACGCUAAAUAUCAUUACCCUUACUUAUUUCUCUAC